GGGGCUGAGUUGGGGGGGCGUUUCCCAGCGUCCUUUCCAGCCAAUCAGCGUGGCCAAAACCGGACAGCGGCUUCCACUGUGCCAGCUGAGCUUCAGGUCAGAUACCGAACAGCUUCGAGAGUUUUCAGACCUGCGAAGUGAGGAAAAGUUGGAAGCAGCGGACCUGUCAGCAGCAGCGGCAGCAGCAGCAGAAGCAGCAGCAGCGGCUCACAAGUGUUCAGUGUGUCCCCCCGUCUUCGUCUGCGGGUGAGAGGCUGUACAAUCCUCGGCAGUGUUCUGAGACUGUGCGGCCCCGAACCCUCCUCUCCAGUCCGGACCGACACUUCAGCCUGCUUUCAUGGACUGAAUCCAAGUUCACAGGUCUAAUGCCACCAAUUGUCAGACCUCUGACCUGAGAAUACUUUUUUACCUACUUUGACUUUGAUAUUGGACUUAACGAAGACAGUCGAGGAAUUACAUUCAAAGAAGAGAUGACGGUCGAGAAGGAGAAAAAGAGGUGAGGUGAAAUGCAUUCCUCAUACUGGUUUGUUAUUUCUUUUUCAAACGGACUUUUAACUCAUGUAGACCUGAAUCCAGCGCUUUGAGAGUGGGUCUCUGUGUCACAGAGGGAGACCUGUUGCUGCAGCCCUGCAUGUGAUUUAGUCUACUUUUAUGCUCUGAUAGUGGCCGUGUGAAAAGACACUCAGGGUUAGUGGCUUCAAACGGGGUUAUUGAGACAGCUUUGUGACUGUGUAGCCAUGCGUUUUAAUGCGUUAUUAGCUGGCUGUGAUAAGACUUGUGUGAGGUUUAAAGCCUGCAGUUGAAAUCAUGUUUUGUAGAGUUUCUAACAGUGAUGAGCAAAAUUAAAGGACUUAUUUAUAACGUUUACUCCAAAAAUAAUCCCUAGAACUAGAAAUUGUUGUUUCUUGAUCAACAACACAAUUUGAUCCAAAUGAUAUCACUUUCUGCACAAAAUUUUCCUGCUACAGUUUUACUGAUACAGCAUAGUUAUAUGAAUCUGUCCCUGUGGAAUAUGUGGCUCAGAGUCAGUCCUCCAACACUUGACUUCUGUCUUUAUCUUAAGUGGAAGCUGUGGGUUUCUCAAAAUAAACCACCUGUUUCCUGCAAACUUUUGCAGAGCGGAGGCCGAGCAGACAGUUAAAGUAGCUAAUCUGCGUAAAGUUUAGAGAAUCAGAACAAGAUCAUUUACCAAUAAACCCCGCUCUAACCUUUCACCUCCUUUCAGAGCAUCUAAAGGGAACAAGCUGUCAUUGCUGCCGUCUGCCUGUAUAAAAAGUUUCUAGAGCUGCAGGUAUCUUUAAGUCGCUGUGAGGAAGUCAGCGUUACUGCAGGUUACUCACCGCACAGAGCUCUACAAAGUCUCCAGAACUGCUGCUGUCAAGUUUUAUGACCUAACUGGCAACACUGAUGUAUUUUUGUCAACCCGCCUACGAUGAUUGAUUCACAAUAGAUGUAGUAAAGCUGCCAAACCAUGUAAUACUUAAGUAAAUAUUUAAGGUAUGUGAUUAUUGUGUCAUCUGGGUUUUCUUUUCUUGCAAGUGCUGCCCUUCUUUUUGGUUGUUAAUUGUUCACUAGCAUUGACAGGGUCAUUGGCUUUAUCGCUUACAUAACAUUAAUGCUCCUCUGGUUUGAGCCUGCCCCAGUUUUUGUGUGGUCAGAACAACUACUUAAUCCCACCUGUCAAUACAGGAGACUUAACAUCUUACUGCAAAGAAGAGACACAAUUCAAUUGAGGAUUUUUUUCAAAUCAGAUCAUAAGUUGAUGAACCAAGAUGUGGAAAGACAAACAAUGAAGGGAACAAAAGGCAUACUUUAAUUUUAAGACAACCUUUGGAGAUGGAUGAGAAAUGGAUUUUCCUGAAGGCUUUUAGUCCACCUGUGAAGUGACUCUCUUGGUUCUAGUUCUUGUCUAACGGCCUCUGUCAGAUCAGGUCUAAACACACAAAAACAAGUAUUAUUAGGGGAUGAAAAUGGUUACACAACUCUGCUGGAGGCUCAGAAGAAGACAGAAUAAGUGGGAUGAGUUUGAGAGGAUUUCCUGUGACUUGUCGACGUCUAUCUGCUUCCACUGGAGAGAUAUCGGCCAUUUUAGAGAAGGAGACCUGCGAAUGUGUGUCUGUCUUUCCGCAAAUUUCUCUGUGGAGUGUGUUUUCCUUCAUCAGUGUGUUUGUCUUUCAAUUACACAGUAGCACUUUGUCAAUGCUGUCACACUGCCUGGAAGUCUUAAUUGCUCACUGAUAAGUUGUGUGAUUCAUGAAAGCCGGCUGUAAAACACACUCUGCUUUUGUUUGAGACCUAAAAGUGAGAGGUUAAAGGUACUGGUGUUAGUUUAAGAGGAUGAACUUGAUGGAAUGUUGUUGUGUGAGUGUCCGCUUGCUGUCACUGUCAUCCAAAGACAGCCUGUUUUUAUAGUUUUAUCCUUAAGUCUUGUUAACCCAAAUCUGUUUCACCAAAAAUGUGUUAUGUAAGACCUGAGUACACGCACACGCACGCACGCACGCACGCACGCACGCACACACACACUCACACACACACACACAAACACACUAUCACUUAAACAAACACACACAAAUCCGAGCACAUCAAGGUGGCCUGUUACACAAGAGCAGUAAGUGUGCGAUUGCUUGCCCUCUGCAAGAUUCUUUAUUUCCAGUAUUGGAAAACCUCUGAUCUGUGGUCAGUUACCACGGCAUGAAGAGACAGUGCUGUUUGGAUCAUUUGUUUUAAUCUGAGCUGCAAUUUCAGAUUAUUCAUCGGUAUUCAUUUACUUACAGGCUGGAUUUUCAUUUACAUGUUUAAGUGAUUUGUGGAUAAAGUGUAAAACAGCUUUAAGAUUUUUCACAGCUACAAAUCACUCUUUUGUCAAGCUCAAAAUUGAAUUUCUCUCUGCUUUUAUAGAUUAUCAAGUUUUUACAAAACAGGCACUGGAAAAAGAAGCAGCAAAAUCAGUUUUGUUUUGCACGUAACACUUAACUCUUCGAAAGACUGCUGAUUUUGUUGUUGAAGUUCUGACAAUAUGAACAGAAAUAUGCGUAUCAUUGAAUAUAAUCAUCGAUUUUUUUUUUAAGUUAUUCCAGUUCUAACUUAAACAUAAAUUGGCGUUUGUGCUGUAUAAAAGUUGUCUUUUUUCUAGAGACAGACCAAUAAUUGUUGGACCAUCACACGACUGAUAUCUCAUUGACUUUAUCCUAAGUGACAGGAAAUUGGAUGGUGAAUAUAGUAAUGUGGUUCAAUAUUGCUCCUGGCAUACACAUCAGCCAUGCUCUGGAAUCAAUUACAUAAUAUAUUAUAUUUGUCUUUUCAUUAAUUUAUUUUAAAAAACAUGUUCCAAGCCGAGAUUACCUCUUUUAUUUGAUUUAAAUAAGCAUAGAAAAAAAAAUUCCUAUAUGACUUUCGUUUGUUAUUUUUUAGUUUUAUCCCAAUACUAAUUCACUGUAUUGUGUUUAUUAAGUUUUGAUUUUAGGGCGUGGACGGCCUAGACGUUGAAAUGCCUCGGCUAUAGAGGCUGUAGAUGUUGUUGCAGCUGUUACUUCUUCAUUUCCUUGCCACAAGCCUUCCCCUCAAGUCUUCUGCUUUCUACUCCCCCUAUUUUCUGUCCUAUCCCCAGUCUUCAGAGCUGAAGCCUGUGCAAAAUGCUUAAAACUGCAGUUCCCAGAGCGCCUAAAACCACUGACACACUAAGUCAAAAAGAUCUGUUUUACAGCAAAAUUAAAGUGAUAUUCCAGCGCAAGUUUAAGUCAUGGUCAAACACGUUGUAACACAGAGUUAGACACCCCCUUGAGAGAUGAAUGUUGCCAACUGCUUGUUUCUCUAGUUAUACCAACUUCAGCAAUGACUGCAUGAUAGCAAUACACAACGGUCUAUGUCUCCACACGCAAACCUCAACCAAAAAGCCACUCUAUAGCCACAAAUAAUGCUCAGAACAGCACCUGACUUCAUCAACAGUACAUCCAGGGUCCCAGCCAUAGUACUAGCCAUCAAACAUCUUUUUAGCUUUGCCUCUUUAGCAAAGGGACCAAACACAACUCACCCACUCUCCUCCAGCAGCCGAUUGUUUGUGGGGGAGCCCCAACGAGUGGAUGACCGAGUGCAGUGGAUGGAAAUUAUGAUUAUUACUUUAUGGAAAUGCAGUCAGAGUUCUUGUGUCUUGUGUGCACUGCAGACAGGGUAGUAUUGCUAUCGCGCAGUCAUAGCUGAAGUUGGUAUAACUAAAGCAGCAAGCAGUCCGCAACAUUUGUCUCUCGAGGAGUGGCUAACUCAAUGUUAUGGUGUGUUUGACCAUAACUUAAACUUACACUGGAUCAUAUCCCUUUAAAUACGUUUACAGCUUGGCUCAAAAGAAAAAAAAAAGUUGAAAUAGCUCAGGGCUCCCAUGGCAUUCACGGUUCGGGGGAGUUAAUUUUUUGGUAACAUGUUUCUUUCAGAAUUAUGAAGGUUCAAAGAUUGGUGAAUCAGAAGCACAACUGACUUAACUGACAGGUAGGCAAACUGAAGCUUUUUGUAAGGAGGCUAAAAGCCCACUUUUGGUUGGUUGACCAAAAGUUUGGUUGAGUCAGCACUUCCAACUUGGUGACCACGGCUGAUUAGCUUUAAAAAUCUGCUUCAGAAACAAAUGGGUGAUGACACUGACCCUCUGUCCAGCAGUUAUUAUACAGGUUGAGAUUCUAUCUAAUAAGGGCAAAAGAUGCUCCUAAUAAAACUCUAAAAGUUUGAUUCAUUAGUUAACCUUUAAACCUGAAGUGGAGUGGACUCACAGUAUAGAGUGUUAUAUUUUGACAGCUGAGAGUGCAUUUAUGCUCCAUGUUACAUUCAUCUGUUCAUACCACAUUCAUACAGCAAAGGCAGAGGCUGCUAUGUUAAGUGCCCAUUGGUAUUAACUAAUCCCAUUCACACACACUCACACACAGCCAACUAUGCCACUGGGAACAAUUUAGGGCUCAGUGUCUUGCCCAAGAACACUUUGACACGUGGGCUGUGGGAGCUGGGAUAGAACUGCCAGUCCCAAUUGAGAGAUGACUGAUUCUAGCACUCAGUCACGGUUACCUCUGUGUUAAAUAUUAGCAUUAAUCUGAUGAGCCAUACUGCUCAUGAAUACUGGAUUACUAUCCUUGAUGACUAAAAAAAACAGACUGUGUUUUAAUCACUCUAAUGUGUUCAAUUUGGCUGUUUGAGCUGAGAAAAAUCUGAGUUGUUGGUAGCUGAUCGACCACAUUUCAUUUUUUUUUUACAGCUGAAAUAGGAGACCUCUGCUUAAGACUCGUGAAGUGUACCAGAAUAAUAAUAACAGUGCAAUAACAAGUAUAAAUGGAGAAGGCCGAGGGAGAAGCCUUCUAAAGAUUAUGACCACUGUUCAUGAUCUUUACUGAACUCAAACAAGAUAGCUUGAAGUAGUUGGUACAGAAACCACACCUUAAACAUACUGAACAUAAGUGGAGUUUGUUUAAACAACCAGAAGUUUCCAAAUGUUCUACCUGCUUCAUGUUUGGAAUAACAAGGAUCACAGGUGAUGAUCAAAACAGGUGGAGUUGUCUUUGUAAUGCAGUAGAGGUGACUGUAAUACCUCCCAUGUUGAAGAAGAAGUCACUUGUACUUUCUGUUAUAAUUUACAAUACACAACUGUCUGUGUAAUUUGCUACAUACUCUCUUUUUUUCCCUGUGGGUAAAAACACACCUGGGAUCAUUUGGUUGGGUCAGUUUUGGUGUCUCCCUGUGGACAGACAGACUGUUUAUUUUGUCGACUACAUAUUUGCAUGGUGUUUCCUGAUCAAAAAAAAAAAAAUGCAUAAUUUAUCCUGAAUAAUGUAAGUAGAAAGUAUAAAAACAGGGCUGUCUCUUCAGCUACUCUGCUGAAAUCUACCCCGCCACAUUAAAAAUUACGACAUGAAUAUUCUCAGUCUUGUUGCUGAUGGUCUUAUUUGCUGUAGGAUUCAAUACAAAGACAUCCAUGUGAAUUUCAGUCUGUUUCAUUGACACCAAGGAGGUUAUUUGUAGAUACAUUUUGAACUUUUUUUCUUUAAUCAUACAGAUCAAACAGUUACUCCUAUGCCUAGACUUAUUGACAGAAAUUGAUGAUAGUUACUGCCUUUUGUUCAACAGUCUUUUAAGACUUAAAUGCAGAGGCUAAAUUAUUAGAAAAAUAUGAACAUUGAUCUGAAUUAUGAAAUAGUUCAGAGUAAGUUGAGCCAAAAGAUCCCAUCAGUCAUACAGUAAAUUUGGAAUCCAGCAAACUGCGUCACCAUCAUCCUAUCAGAUGAAAAGAGGUUAAAACCAGUGCACGCUGGCUGACAUCCAGCUUCUGAUCACUGUAACCUGUAAACACAGUACAGUGUUUCACUGUUUGUUGUGGUCUGUCACAGCUUCAGUCAGCCUUAACCUUACGUUGACACGCAAGUACAGGUCUUCAUGAUAGUUUUCCCCCACUUAUGACAACAUAAAUCAGUUUUAUUUGAACCUCUGUGCUGAAUGAUAGCAGAUAGAAUGAUAGAGACAAGUCUGCGAGGAAGGCCACUAAUUUCUUUCAUCAUGUGACUCCCGUGGAAACAAUGUCCAAAGGUCAGAGUCCAGGGCAGCUGCCAGCACAUAUACAUUACAUGACUGAUAUAUUCAGAUGUAUUUACUAUCUCUUUUUAAGACCUCUCAUCAUUAACAUAGCAAAGAGUGUAACAGAAUAUUUUGGCACUGUAAAAAUAAUGUGACUGUAUGACUGUUAGAGCUAAAGGACUGCAUCUGUGCAUUCCCAUUUAGCCUUUUUGAAUGAGUUACAGGACUUUCUAACAAACUGCUGUUUGAAAUAAUUAUGUUUGUUCUGUAUAUAUUUUAAUUAUCAGUCAAAUCUCAUAUUAAGAGCAUUUAAUAAAAUAACUAGUUAUGUUAAGAUUGGGACGACAGAUUUGUUUGUUGUACAAAAGACCUCAUUGUGGACAGCUCAAAAACAUUACACAACCAAUUUUUAGUGAAAUAAAUAAACUUUUAUGAAACUGGUCAUGUCAUAAAAGUUGAAUGAUGUGUGUCCCAAGGCAACCCCAGUGUUAUUCAGUAAUAUCCUUAGCUAGAGUCAAAAAGAUACACUAUUUUAAUAACAAACUCAACACAUGAAAUGCUGUAACCGAAUAUUAGGGCCAAAUCAAGGAAGAAAAAAGUCUGAUUUUCUAAAUAAAAGUGUGAAUUUCAUGAGACGAUAAAGUGAUUAUGUUAUGUUAAAAAAAGUUAUGAUAAUGCAGUAAUUUUGUAACAAGAAAAAGCCCUCAUUUUAGUGACUGGUGUUAAUGUUACAGAUGUUGUGAAGGAAGAUACCAGACGAGCAGCCAGUCAUUUCCUUAGAAAAAAUUAGAAAGAUUAUGCAUUUGAAGGCUUUAAUUAACAAUCUGUUGCUAACACUGGUUCACACAAGACACAGCCGUCUGCUCUCCUGAAAGCCUUUCCCCUUCAAAAUAGGUCACCGUGAACUGAAACUGAAGCUGCACCACGACUGCAAUAACAUGACUUUAUUUUACUCGUAACGUCAUGAAAUAUCUCCAAAAUUCAUACAGGCGAAUUAAGGCAAGAAACCUUAACUUUUAGAGAGAAUAAGUGCUGUAGACAACAAGGAUACCUAACCUUAUUAGAUGUUUUUUCAUAGAGUGAAAAGGUGAUUUUGAGUAUACUAAAUCAUCUUUCAAUGAUGUUGACUCAUGUCACUUUGGUGGAAAAAAAGAAAAACUUGUAACAUUUGUGUCAUAUACAGCUGCUGCAGAAAACCAUGAAAUUAUUGUUACCAUUCAGAAAAAAUGCUCAAAAGUGAUCGUUUUUUGUCGUACAAUUAUGAUGUUAGGUACUUUUUUUUAUUAUAAGUUUAGGGUUUUUUUUUUUUUUUUUUUUUAACUUUUUCUUUUUAAGCAGUCACAUUAAAAACUGAAGCAUACUGCAAAAUCAGCAAAAGACUUGGAGUGUAAAACUGUGCAUGGUUCAGUGUGCAGCUCCUCAUUACUUUGGCCUGUUUCUGCAGCUUUGUGUUUCCCUCUGUUGUGCUAACUCAUGAGAGUAGAGGGGAGGGAAGGGAGGUGAAAAGCUGCCAAAAACAAGACAGUGAGAACAGGAGGGGAGGACAGACAUGUGAAAGAAGACAAAGUGAUACUCAAAUGGACGUUAAGGUGAUCUAGAUGAACAUAAAUCAACGUGAAGUGUGAAGACAGAUGAGUGGAGCAGUUCUGGUGUCUCAGUCUCCAGGCAUGUCAGCCACAGCGCUUCACAUCAUCGCAGCGAGCCGAGGCCUGGUUGGCACAUCGCCGUCAUGCCUCUUUUGUGUGCUAACCCUGGCCAGCCUGGCCUCCAAACACUACCCAAACAUCACGCCACUCACUGCAGCCGCUCAACCUGCCCUCUCAAACACACAGGAAUGCUCGAGAGCAGAGGGAGUGAAGCACAAUCGUCUAAGAGAAUGUCUGAGUGGUUUAAAUGCCUCUUUAUGCAGAAAAAAAGUUAAAUUUUAUUUUAAGGAAAUUAGGGACAUAAUGUAAAGCUGGGCGAUGCAGAGGAGUCAGAGCAGAUGUGCAGUUCUUUCAUAUUUCAAAACAAACUACAAUGCACUUUUUAUUCAUCCUUCAUUCACAGCUGAAUUUUCAGAUUCAAAUUUUAAUGUAUUUAUUAAUAAAAUAUCUGCAUUUUCCUUGUUUUUCCUGCAAUUUUGAUUGAUUUGUUCCUGUAGUUUUGAGGGUCUUUCAGGUUAAAGGUAGCCUACUGUCAUGAUUAUUGUCCGAGUAGACAGCUGCUGGCAUAUUCCUGUACUAAAAACUAUUCUCCCAAUAUUGGAUGAGUGUAGCAGUUCUUUUUUAAAGCAGGUCAAGUUUAUUUUUUUGUCGUACUACAUCGACACAUGUACUUAAGAAGGGCAGCAAUAAGGUGGAGUAUCCCUUUGUCCACAGUGUGCGCCAAAAUCAACACAAAACAAAGUACCUCACAGGAGCUUAAAAUAAGAAGGGCAUUGUAACUCAUUACCUUGAUUGCAAUGUUUUCCAUCUGUUCAAGUCUGAAAGUCUUAACAGGUCAUAAAAUGAUUAUAUUCUUGGGAAUAUUAAAGUGAAAGUAUGACAAUUUUCAUAAUACAGGCCUGUUUUAACACUUGUUUCAUCUUGCCCUUUAAAAAAAAACAUCUCUUACAGCUUUCCCUUGUGAAAACUUGAGAUAUGAAAGUUAUUUUUUCCCUUUUUUAUGGGGUCAGCUUUUAAGAAAGUCAUGUUUUACAACAGCCAAGUCAACACUAGGUCUUAAAUGGCUCAUUAAAACUCUUAAUUUGAUUAAAAAUACAAGUACCACAGCUCUCAGAAAUUACAUUAUGAGUUUGACGGAUUACUCAAAAAUUUAUCUUGACAUGCUUUUAUUUGUUUGUUUUUUUGGUCAUAUUCAUGUUUACCCCUUUACAUAAUGUCAACUUGAUGGCAUAUUUUUGAAAGAGCUUAUCCCAAACGGUCUUUUCUGGUAUGUUUAAUGUUUUUGACAGAAAAUAUAUCUACCCAUUACAGCAUUAAAAUCAUAAACGUUUUUACAGCCACUCACUGCAGCUUGUUAUGGAAAGAUCUUGAUCAUUGUUGAAUAUUUAAUAGGCCUUGGGUGAUUUUUGUAAUUGUACGACAUACCAGAAUUCUGAUGCUGAUAUUUCAAGAAGAGAAAGGCCCACAUUGCAUUUUGCUCCUUUCGACUUUUAUCAGGACUUCAUUUGUCAAUGUUUAAUUCAGAAACCUGAAAUCCUAGAGAUAGAAGUCUUGUUCUGGUUUUCCUGUAAAGUGACAUGAAGUUUGUUUAUUGGCUUGGAAAAUCCCAAGUAUUCAAUUGUCCUGCAUGCUGUUGGGAAAGGAGUCUUAAACAGUCGCGAUGUUUUACUUCUGGUUUGAGUACUUACUGGAAGCACUUCUACACUUCCUGCAGCGAUUCCUUGAACCAUAAAAUAAUUGUGUGUGUUUUAUCUAUUUUUUUUUUUUUUUGCAUUCAAUAUCUGUCACAAAUUAUUAACUCCAAUUCAGCUCUGUCAUCCUCUAGCCCUAUUUUCUUUCACCUUCAUACUGCAGACUUUAAUAUGAACAGCAGCCACUUUGGUGUUUUAUGAGUUUUGAAUGAGUCUUGUCUCUGUGGUUAAGAGUCAGUCUUUGUGCUCAGCAGGUCCUCACUAAAGUAAACAAGAAACAGACAGUUGAAUUGAGUUUGCAGCAAAAAGUUGACAGAGAUACUGAAUGGGUUUGUUGUGUUUUCUAGCUGAGUGGGAUUUUGUUGGGUUUAUUUUGGUUGUGACUUUUUUGAGGAGGAGCUGUUUAAAGCUUAAAAAUACAAUUCUACUAAGUGUCUCAAUUCUUGAAAACAUUUGGAAGUAGAGGGUGUGAUGAGGAGGAAAAAGGUGCUUGUGGACCAUAGACAUAUAACUCAUUUCAGACUUGAACUCAAAGUGUUGUAGCUGAAGAAACGUACAGGUUUAGGGGCCUCUGUUGGAUAAAAUGUUUUGUUCAGAGCACUUCUACGUGGUGCUUACUGUUCAGGUUAUGAAACUUUCUGGUGACCUUUUUUCCAUCAGUAGGGACCACUAUUGUUCUGUAUGCUUGACAUUUGAUUUAAUUUAAAAUAACUUUACAUAUAAGAAUUAAUAGAGAAUUGGUUGCAGCAUUAGAGAUAAAAAUUGUACCUUUGGAAAAACAAGUGCAGAUAGUUCCUCCUCAGUGUGAACCGGAAUUGGUAAGGGUGUUAUCAGAAGUGCUGCUCAUAAUGAUUUUUCUUAGUCAGUCAUAAACGAGUGACACUGACAAAAAACAGCUGACACUUGGAGUUUUUUUUUGCACUUCUGAUACUGAGUGAUUUGUACACAAACAGGCAGUGUGGUAGAAAAUACAGCAUUUAAGUAAAUAUAGCCUUCAAAUUGUGUGGUUUUCGCUGUGGUUGUAAUAAAAAUGGAGGAUUAUCUGUAGUCAGAGUUUGACAUGUUUUAUCAUACCUUUUUGAUGAGGCCUGCUGUUUUACAGUAAAAAAGUUGCCACCAAGCAGAUGACUGUUCUCAGACUGUUAGGUAAGUAUAAAGGUUUUCUCUGUAUUUAUCCUGUCACAUAUGUGUAGGUCUGGAGUUACUAAAGGUCAUUCUAAUAAUGACUGCAGGACAGAGUCAACUCAGGUUAAAAACAGAGAGAUAAAAGUCUGCUUUGUAAUGUGCCAAGGGUCUAUGGCUGGGUCUAACAAAAACACCAAAGUUCAAGUCUUCCAUGUGGCUUGAAGUGAACAACUUAUUUGACUUUUUAUAAUAAAUGCCACAUAACCCAGCUCAACACAAACCUGAUUUUCUUGAUUAGUUUUAAACCUAACCAGACACCAGCCAACCUUAACAGGUGUUGACAUGAUUUUUGGUGACGAAUCUUCAAGUAUAUUCAUCGUCUGCUUUGAUGGGGAUAUUGACAAUUUUUCUGGAUACUUUUUUUUUCUCUAAGAGAAUUUAAAUACCAGCCAAAAGGUGUGAACUACCACAGAGAGUAAUAGGUGUUGAACCUCUUGGCUAUAGCUCAAAUAAAACAAUUAAUAAGCAGUUUAAAUCGAUGAAAUCUGACACCAAAUAAGGAGUGUAUUUUCCCACAGAGAUGAGUAUGCUGUGGAUUAUAUUUGGGAUAGUUUUACCCCUCAAAUAAAAAUAAAAAAAAAACUAUCCUGAACUUGAUACAAGAGAGAUUCAGAGACCUUGGACAACGUAGGAUGGGAUAAACUGAACAGUAACAUCAUGUAUGAGGCCUAUCCAUUUAAAUGAAGCUUAAACUUUAGUGUUAUAGCUCCCAAGGAAUAAAUGAAACUGACAAGCCCCUAUUUUGCUCAUCUAAAGGUACUGUAAGGAAAACCGAUGCCUCUUUAUGACUUUCAAAACCAAACAGGACCAUCAGCAACAAGUCACUGUAUUUCACUGUAGAACUUAAUACCUAAAAACUCUAGCAGGGGGUAGUUGUAGACCAGAUGAAUAACAGCAGACUGAAAAAACAGCUUCUUUUGACUCUUUGCAUAGCAAAUAUUCACAGAAAGUGAUUGAUUUUACUGUGAAAAGACAACAGGCUGAGGAUUUAGUCUGGAAUGGGAGACACCAAUAUCAACAAAAGUUCCUCACAGCAGCUUUCAAAAGCUCUAUAAUAAUAAUACCAAUAAUAAUAUUGCACCAUAGAACAAUGAUGAAGACACAAGAAAACAUAAGGAAACAUUAUUUCUGAUUUAUGAGUCAUGAAACUUUAAACUGUGCUGUAGUGUAAGCAAACAGAGAUUCAUGGUGGCUGGGAAAUGGCUUAAUGUGUACAACAGCAUAAAUAUUACUGCUACGUCCUGAUGUUGUUAACAUACUGGUGAUAAACCCAAUGAUCUGUGGAGUCCAGAGACCCCCGGUCAGCUGUACAUGAAACCCCUGUGGCCCCGGGCCCCUGCACAGUGAGGGGAAACAGCAGGGGAGGAGGGGGCUGUUCUGGGAAACCUCUCUCUGCAUCUUUCCAUUGUUAUUUUUAUCUCAUUCAUUCUCACCCUCCUCCUCCUCCUCCUCCUCCUCCUCCGUUGGCUUCGUGCUUUCCGUCCUUGUACCUUUUUCCUCUCUGUCUUUUAGCCUGUAUCACAUUCUCUCAUAUUUAAUCUGGACUUCAUGCUGUUCCAUCUUUGUUGUUGUUGUCCGUCCCCCCACACUCCCCCGUUUCUCUGCCGUGUUUGAGGUCAUUUCACCAGGCUUUCCUCUCUCUCCUCCUUCAGAACUCUGUCGCCUUGCCAUUUCCUAUUUCCUGUCGGCCAGCUCUCCUUCUUCCUCUUCCUGUGCUACUGAAAUGGCUCGAUCCACUCCUGCACGAUCUGCUGUGUGUCACAUGUUCCAGGUCCUCUCAGACACCCUCGCUGGCCUCCUAAACGCUCAUUAAGGUCAAGCACUUUAGGGUCAAAGAAAGUCGGCAUCUGUCUCUUUACAUGAGGGUGAUGUUAAGAGUUAGAUUUUAAAGGACGGACUGAGACCUCAAAUUUUAUGAGAUAACUGAUAAUUAUUAUUAUAAGUUCCAUCGCUAAGGUUGGAACCACUGUCAGAGGUAUUGUGUGUUGAUGCUGAAGGCAUUAUCUCUGUAUAUGAGUGACAUAUAGACUGCUGGAUCCCCUGCUUCUGCAGUUUUUUUUCCUUUCAUCUUCUUUACAACCAUUACAGGUGCUUUCCUGAAUUCAUUUAUAGAUUAUAGGUGACUGACCUUCGAGAUAAAUAAAAAAUCUGAACAGCCACAGACUCCAUAAAACAUGGAUGUAGUCAAAUCCACACAUUUCAUUUAGAGACAAGAGAUUUGAAGCCAAUCAACCUGCUCAAAAUGCUGACUCAACCUAAUUUUUGGCGAAAGACAAAGUCAGACUUGAGGCACAAAUAGUCAUGACGAAUAGAGAAAUUUAAUCAAAAUCCCCCCUUUUUUAAAACAAUAUUCUCUUGGGUGAUUUUUGCCUUUUUAUUGAUAGUACAGGGUAAAAUAUGGGGAGAUAGAGAGAGGAGGACAGCACAUAGUCGGGGCCUGACUCGAGCCCGCAACUGCUGAGGGGACUGUGGUCCCCAUGCAUUGGAGGCACUAACCCACUCGGCCAUCUGUAGCCCCAUCAAAAUCCCACUUUAAACCAGAAAGUAAAAUUGUUUAUUUCUACUGGACUUUUUAAAUAGGUGACCUUUGGGAGCCAGCCUCAAGUGGACACUCAAGGAACUGCAGUUUUUAAUACAUUUGCCUCCCUGAAAGAUGAAUGAGUACAGAAAACACACACUCACACACACAUACAUACAUACAUACAUACAUACAUACAUACACCAGCUACGACGAAAAGUUGUGUUUGCUUUCUGCUUUUUUUCACACUUUAGAAACAGUUCCCAGCAUUGUUGAACAUCAACUCUUCAGAAAACCAAACAGUUUUGAAAAGUAAUCAGAAGUUGUUGAUUUUUUUCCCCCUGAGAUUUCUAUGAACCACGUUUCUUCUUCUUUGGUGUGUCCUCUGGCAUCAUGCUUCCUUACUUCACACUUGCCACCACUUUGAACAACUGGCUCAAAGCUGUACCUCAGGAUAAAUCUGUUUGUCUAAAUGUACAUGAAAUCCUUUUUUUGUUGUUGUUGUUGUUGUUUUUGUUUCUGUUUUUGUUUUUUUGGUUUAGCCCUUUUUUUUCAAAUUUGAUUUCACAUUCAUUGCUUUGAUUUGCCACUGAAUAAGAAACAGUGAAACUGGUUGUAAACAUUUGCAUGUGUGUCUUCAUGUGGUAAGCAUCAACCUCUGAGGUUAAAAAAAUGAAGCCAUUGCAGUGCUGGAAAAACCUGCAGGUCCUUGAGUGUCCUGAAAACAGACAGGAUUGAUUAUACAACUCAGUUUUCACAACAUUAAGGAUGAGAUGUAUUCAUGAAUCCAUGUGAUAAGUGUCAGGGUGAGUUGACUAACAGAUGAGGUCAUUGUAGCUGUUGCCUCCUUAAUUGAAAGUUUUGUUGAGUCACUGGUUUCAUUAUGAUAACCACUGAAUUUUCCAGCUUAAGUAUGUCUCCUCACAGCCAAUAGGGGACAGAAGCUGUGUUGGAGUUUGUGUCAUCUUGCAGUGCAAAUUCGCCAAAAAACUGUAUCAGGAAUCUGGAGUGUUGGCAUUGUAACCUCAUAGACACUUGACUGAUCUUUAAGGCCAACCCCAUAGAGACCUCAGAGUCCUAUAGAGGAUUAAGAAUCAAAGUGAACAGACUUUGAUAAGCUGGUGGACUGGGAACUACAAAAAUGCUUCAAAAGUAGGUUUUUAUACACCGUGAGUUCAUUUCUAUCCACCAGAAAAAAUACCAUACUCCCUUGAAACAGGUACCCUUAAGUCUCUCAUGACAACGUAUGUAAUAGGGUUUCUAGGUCAGGUCUUCCCGUCUGUCUGUGGUGACACUAAGAGCUUGCUUUCUGUUUGUCCCACCUGUAUGAUAAGAGCCUCUUCUUCUGCCUCAUUUCAACAAUUUCAGGCAAUUUCCCCUCUCCAAAGUGAAUUUAUCAAAUUUAACCAACAGUAAAAACACAGCUGAGCUGAAAGCCAGACUCCAUUAACAGGAGCUGACUCUAGAGAGGGGUUUUUACCCAUAGACCAGGCUUUUUGCUGCCUCAACAUGUUAGAAACACUUGAAAAAUGCUCCAGGAUACAGGAGAUAUAAUCCAUGAGUGCAAACUUUCAACACCAACCUGCUGAACUCUGCUUCUGACCCAUUUGCACAGAGAAACUUAUUCCUUUAAAACUUUUCAUCUGUAAUUUGAGAAUUACUCUGGGUUUUGUAAUGCUCAAGUGUUGCUGCUUUGUGAAAAGAAAAGCAGACCAUAGACUGGUCUGUGAGAAGCUUCGUGAGAGCGGUGACAGGGUGAAAAACAGUGCAAGACUUACAUUCCUUUCUCUGUAAAUCUCUAUAAUCCUCUACAGAUUACACUUCAUCAUUCCUGUUUUCAGUUUGCAUUUCAGGACUUGAAAACUGAUGAAGGACAGCUUUCACCUUAUUUUCCUCUUCUGUCAUCAAAUAAAACACAAUCACUGUGUCUGUUUAGGAAGGGAAAAAAAGGCUUUUUUGGUACCUGGUAAAAAAAAUGAAUUCCUUCCAGCAGAGCUUAAACUCUUGAUAUUUCUUAGAUUUUAGUAUUAUUUGGCUGUUAUCUAAAUUGAUAAACGAAAAGCCAAAUAUCACAUCAAAUACAACUGAUCAGAGUUGAAAUACACAGAAAAGUCCCUUUCACUCACAUCAACCCACUAACCCCUGUAUUAGCUGUCCUUUGAAACCACUGACUCAUGAUUUCCAGCUCCUCUCACUUUAGUCAUUGACCUUAGGCCUCGUAUUAUGAAAUACCUUAUAUACUGAGAACCCAAGGUGAAGAAAUACUGAUUGACAAAUCAAUAGAUCCAGAUUCAGACCCUAAGCUAGCGAUUUAAAGAGAUUGAAAAGUCAAUGUUAAAGAAAGUCUUAUCUAUAUGUUGUUUUUUCAGCUGUCUUUAUUGAGUAAAGGUCAGAGGCUCAACAGAUCCUCUUUGAAAAGUUUGUCAUAGUUCUUGAAAGAAUCCAACAGCUACAGUUUGCUUCCUACAGGAAUCUAAAAUUAGUUUCAUGGAAGACAGCCUUGAUUGUGUUUGACCAGAGUUUAAACAAAAAUUUUGAAGAGUUAAGGCAUUUCCAUAAUUUUUUAAAGCUCAUGUGAGGAGUUUUAUUCUGGUUUUGAAAGAAACUGAGGGUUAGGUGCACACUUUUUUUAUGUGGCAAAUACAAAAUGUGAAAUGAUACAUUUAACUUUAGAAGAUAGAAAGAUAUGAUGUCAGAUCACUAUUUUGUCCACAGGGGGAACCAAAGUUCACUCAAACCAAAACCUUCUCACAAGAGCUUUAAAGAGACAAUGAGAGAAAUUCAGAUGUUUUUUUUCAGCCCUGAUUAGGAUUCCAGUACAGCUGUGGUAAUGGUAAUAGUUGAAGUGCAGAACUGCUUGUGAUCUGAGCUACCUUCACAAAACUAAAGAUGUAUUGGCCAAACACUCUGUAUGGACCACCUGAGCCUUGCAACAACUCUAAUUUCUACUCAAAUUUCUCAUUGCACUUACUUAAGCAAAACCGUAUACCUAAAAGUAGGGGUGUAACGAUUCAUUUUAACAAUGAUUCAAUUGGUGUCAUGAUUCGUGGUUGCCGAUUCAAUUCAAGGACAAUAUUGGUUCAUUUAGAACAAUACGAUCCAAAACAAUUCAGUAACUUGAAAUAGAUUCAGUAACUCUGUAGCCGAUAAUAUAACCUAUGUGACGGAAAUAAAUACCUGGAUACUGGACAGUGCAGAUGAAAUCUCCAAGGUUCUUGUUGUUCCUUGCAAGGGAAUCAGGUAUAAAUUAGUCGUGGUUAUAAACAGAGAAGCAGAUAAGAAUUGACAGCAAAUGCAUUCAACUUUUCUGUUCUCAAUUGAACUAUUCAACAAAUUUUCAAUGAAAGUACAGUCAGUGCAUCCAACCUUUCUACUAUUUCUGCUUAAACUGGACCACAAUGAUGGCUUGAUAAUGUCUUGCUCGCCGACUUCUCCCCUGCCAUCUGCAGUGCUAUGUUUUGUUGUUUGCUGGCAUGUGGCGAUAACGUCACAGACAGGUCGACUGAAUCAAGUAACGCUUAACGUCUUUAUCAUUAAAAGUGAAAAAAACUCAUAUCCAUGUACACUCUACCGUGCUUAUUCUAUUGCGUUAUUUCCUAGUAUCGAUACAGUUGACUAAUGACAUCUUAAAACAAUGUGAGAUCAGUAUAUAUCAUCCAGAAGGCCAACUUGCUGAGCACAGAUUGAUGUAUUUGGAUCACAGGAAUAUAAAUCGAUACAUCAAUGUUGCAGAUGAAUUGUUACACCCCUACUAACAAGUCCAGAAAUUAAUCUCAGUUCAAGAUAUUUUGAGUCAAAAACAAGGACCUAAUUGCUUGUUGUGACUAAAAAUAUCUUCCAAUGCAGUAAGUAGAUUUUUUUGACCUAGUGUCCUGAAGUUAGUAACAUGUCUUACUUAUUAAGCAUUUUCUUUACGGUGGACCAACCCUGUAAUUGAGCUUACAUAAGUAUUUAUUUAUUUAUUUAUUUAUAAAAAGUAAAGUUUUUCAUAGGUGAUGUUAAUAUUUCAUGGUUGUGUUUUUUGAAGUGUAAAUUCAAGCCAUGCAGCUUGUUUGGUAUGCUGAUAGAGGGUCUCAGGGUGGUCAGCUGAUCUCCUUCACACCACCUGUGCUCCCUCUCUCGCCUCCUCUGCUCUCUCCCCUCUGUGCCUCUCUCAAUCAGCCCGUCUAUCCCCUCCAUCAGCACUGAGUGGGCGGGUUUGUUUGUUUGUGCCAGUGUAUAUGUGUGUGUGUGAGUGCGCGCGCGCCUCUUUCAUGGACUAUCAGAAUCAUCAGCAAUCUCUUGCAUCGUUCUUCCCCUGAUUGAGCUGAAGUCGGGGCCCCUGUCUGGGUUAGCUGUUUGUUCGGUGUGUGUGCAUGUGUGUGCAUGUGUGUGUGUGUGUGUUUGGCUGUGUUUCCAGAACUUUCUGUUCCUCAGGAUCACAGAUUAGCCCAUACUGUAUUGUUGCUCUGUGUUUGUGUUCGGCCAGGCGCCACAACUGCAGGAAGACCCACUGUAAGCAAGGAAAGGUGUGUGUUUGUGUGUGUGCGAUAUUGUGUGUGUGUGUGUGUGCUCUGGUUUGUGUGUAUAUAUGUGCGUGUUUAGGGUGUGGGCAGACUUUUUGGCCUUUACUGACCAAGAAGCACCUUUAUAGUGGAAAGUAACGUCUUUUAUUCUAAAAGAAAACAAGCUGAAAAGAUGCAAACAUGAAUGUUAUAUAACUAAAGGAGUAGUCCAACAUUUUGGAAAGCGCGGAGAGAGUGCUGUCUGUCCCUGUCUGUAAAUCACAUAGUUUUAUAUUUAGACUUCUUUUCUUAAAGAAUUUAUUAGUUGAUCAAAUAGUUUGAAUCCACCUUGAACCUCUGUUAAAUAUUAGAAUGAAUGAAUAGAUGAAAGUAAGUACGAGUGUCACUUAAAGCCCGUCAGAAAUGGAUGGACUAUGACAAGGACGAGCCCCUGUAACUCUUGGGAUGAAGGCCGUGGCACAGAUCUUUUCCUCUUUCGUCUGCAUCUAGAUUUAUCUGUAUCAGUCUCGAUCAUUGACUGUAUGUAUGAACGAUGCGCUGACAUCUGCAUCCACUGUCAAAAUGAAGCCAAGAGCUGUUACAAUAGAUGCUAACUUGUGCUGACUUGGAGCAGAAGCAGUCUGGUUGAUGGAGCUGCUGGGUUGACGUUAAAGAUUUUUGAGUUAUUGAUUGUGACUGUUUUAAAGUUGAUCUGCCGUCAUAUUUGGAAAGAUGAUCAACCUUGUGAGGAUUAAUGCUGAUGUGACGCCGAUUCCUUCCAACUGCCAUUUGUCAGCCCAGUUAAUAAGCUGAUCGAUUAAUGUUUAUUGAGCUCUGUAUUAAUAAACUAUUAAUAAUACAAUGAAUGAAAUUCAAUCUUAUCAGGGCUAAUAAAACAUUUGAACCCUGUUGUGUUUUUUAGUAUGUAAAAUGAGGACGUAGCAUUUUUCUUCAACUUGAUGCCCUAUAGGACUGGGCGAUUAUAUGAUCGUGAUCGAUGAUCGUGAUAAAUUUCAGUUCGAUCACUGUAAUCAGCUGUGAGCAUAUUUACUCAAUCAAACAUGGCAGAGAUGUGUGUCACAACAGCCAAUCAGAGUCGAGCUUUUCCUGCUCAUUUUUGUAAGUUACUGGAGAAGUAAACAGAAUGACCGAACAUGGAGCUAAACGCGGAGCUGAGGGCAGCAAAAUAGAUGUCAGCCGUGACUUUGAGUCAUCUUCGAAGAUGUUAUUGUUGAGAAGUUAUUCAACGUCGGUUGUGUGGCGGAGGUUUGGGUAUCAUCAAAGUGACGUAAAGUAAUUAAGCCGAUGUGCAAGGUAUGUUGGCUGUCUGUGCCCUCAAAAACCGUCAGCACAACAGAUCUGUUUAAUCAUUUGAAGAAGUUCUUCCCAAGUAAUUAUGUGGAAAGAAUGAAAAUGCAAGUGGAGUCUGCACAGCCUGUCACUGCUCAUGGCAUGAGUAGCAUUAGCAGUUUUGCCACAACUUGCGGUGCAGCCACCAGACCAAAGCAGCGAUCAAUCAUCUCAUCUAAGUUUACAUCGUCUAAUGUUUACAUUUAAAGGCGUCUUCAUUAUCCCUGAGGGGGCGAUUUAUUUGUUUUAGGUCUUGCAUACCUGCAAAAAUACGCAGGACUGUAAACUAGUUCGCUGCAUUAUUUAGAAUUUAUCUACAUUUGUUGAACUGUUGAGUUAAAAUGUUUUUUAUAUUUUUCUAAGUGUAUCUUAUUCUUUAUUUACUUUGUAUGUUAAUAAAAUGUUGAUGUUUAUUAUCUCUAGUUUCUUUAGUUUUUAGUACAGAUGCUUUAAAACUGUCAGUUUUAAAAACAAAUUGUGAUAAUAAUCAAGAUCGGACGAUACAACAAAAUAUAUCGUAAUCAUUGUUUUUUGCCAAAUCACCCAGGCCUAAUGCCCUAUACCCAGCAACUCCAGAUUGUUCUAUAGGUAAGGCUUCAGUCAUGAGGUACAUUUCUGUGAAGCGUCUCUGAAGUGAUGCUAAUCUUCAAAGACUUGAUCUCAAAAGAGCAGCUCAGGGUGUGUUCAGAUGUUCAGGCUUCAGUCAACGUCAAUGAAAUCUGUAAAUCUGUCCAACGGUGACAGUGAUGGAAACAACGAGGAGCUGAUUAGAACAUUUCAAGUUACUCAGCGGGAGAGUAAAUGAUCCAUGCAGAGCUGGCGCUAAUUUACAGUACCACCACCAGUACACACACACACACACACACACACACACACACACACACACACACACACACACACACACACACACACACAGCCUGACACCUGCUCUGGUUUCAGGAUCUGUUUCCUAUAAGCACUUCUGGGCUUGUUAUCACAACAAUCACAUGGAUAGCAGGAGUUCAUGUUAGGGCCUGUUUUUCUCUGCAUGUGUGUUGAUGAGUGUGCGUGUGCAUUUGCAUGCAUGUGUAUGUGUGUGUAUUUUUUCUUUUAUUUUAAAAAACUGACGUAAUCCAGAAUGACUCAAAAUUUAGUCACAGUAAGCAAAGAAAAUGUAAAAUGCUCCCAGCUGCCCAGUUCAUAAGAAACUUAGCCAAAGUUUUCAAUAAUCCUAUUAAUGGCUAAUUUUUUAUUAGUUACAAUAAGUUGUCAAUUUGAAUUGACAACUUUUCUGUGAUGAAUAGCUUAAUAUCUUGAAAUUGAGGACAAAAUAAAACAUGAGGGUAACAUGUUGAACUUUUUCUUCAUUUGAGAACCAAAGAACAGAUCAAAUUGUUCAUAAAAUAGACAACACAUUACUGAGGAAGAGAAAUUAUAAUCACAAAUAAGAGUCCUGUAAAUUGGCUCUGAAUAUAACCAACAACUUGACACUAAAUUUUAGUCCGCUAUACACUUGGAAACUUAACUCCAGCAAAAACAGUUCAUCCUUUCUGACAGCACUGAUGCUUUCUCAAACACUUAUCUCCUCCUGUGUGCCCGCAGAUCCACACAGAUGAAGCAUUGUGCAGCGCGGACAGAGAGCGCUGCAGGGGAAAACUUUAUUAACAGUCUCAUUAUUAACAGCGGAGACAAACACACAAUAUGUCAGACAGCAGCGGAGAGGCUCAGUCCUUUAUUUAUUCAUUAUGUUUGUCUAGUUAUUGUUAUGGGAUUUUAAAGCAAACCUGAGAGCUGAACACCAUCAGACCUAAUGUUUGUGUGUUUGCAUGUGAGUGUACGGGCACAUGUUGUCCUGUUUCCCCCUCAGGCUCUUUUUGGAGACAUUAACAGCCUUAAUGAUGGAGAGAGGAAGAAGUGAUUGAAAGAGCCGCAGGGUUAGUAGAAGAAGAGGAAAAUGAAUGAGUGAUGAUGGCAGAGAGGACAGUUUCCGUCACACUGUCAUCACUUCAGAGCAGAAAAGAGUCAAAUCAGAGUCAUUUUUUUCUGAGCGUGGGUCCGGAGAGAUCCUUGGGUGGUCUCUUUAUGUUGAUUGGUUCAAAAUGAGUUAUCAGACUUCAGAAAGAGCUGUAAAUAUUACAUGUUCAACAAGACCACCCACGCGGCCCCUUAAGCUGUGAUGUGUUAAUUGUGGGAAACUGUAAAUGACAGAUUAUGACCAAUACUAAUUGAAUAAUGCGAUUAGUAAAAUCCAGGUUUAACCAGUAAGUGCCAGUGAGAUUAAACUGCAAAAAAUCACCUGUUCUGAGCCUGUUUAAUCAUCCUGCCUGAAGUUAUUGUAGACGGAGAUUAAAUUGAUAUUUUAUAAACAGACUAAAUUAAAUGAGAGCAGAUGCAGCCUUAGAUGAAAUGUGAAAUUUUAAAAUUAAUUUAUUAGAAAUCAUUUAGGAAAAUAUUGUACAGAUAAUCUAUUGUUCAUGAAAUGUCCUGUCCUGUUUGAGUUUCUGUUUUGAACCUUAAAUAACAUUUGAUCCCUAAAAGUUACACUCAGAUCUAUCUAUCUAUCUAUCUAUCUAUCUAUCUAUCUAUCUAUCUAUCUAUCUAUCUAUGUAAUGAAAUUAACUUCUCAGUACAGGUUUUGAGUUACAAGCAAUCCGUGAUGACGGUAAAAAUCUGGCUGUAUCUCAAACAAUACUUGAACAAGAUAAGAUCGACUUUUUUCGCCUAAGGGUAAUUUGUUUCUAAGCAAUGUGCGUACCGCUGUGUUUACGUCAUACAUUUCAUACCUGAGGAAACACAUUACUACAAUAUCACCAUGUUAUUAUGACAGUUUGCACACACACAGCAAAAAGGUAAAACUUUGCACACACUGUGAGAUGGUGUACAUGGGUCUUUGGUUUACAGCAUGGAUUAAAGUUCAACAAGUAACCUUUACCCCCUUAUACUGUGUGUGUUUGUGUGUGUGUAUGUGUGUGUGUGUGUGUGUGUGUCUUCCCCUCAUGCCUCAUGAUGAGUGCUAACUUGCCUUGUGACUUGCUGCGGUUUAGAGUGACAGCGUUAUUUCUAUCACAUAACUGUGAGAAUGUCAGGUAUGUGCUCUACCUGUCUCUGUCUCAGACUCUGUCUCGGUUCAUCGAUGUCUUUAUCAGUCUCUCCACAGUAGUGGUAGACAAGGUGUUCAAACUCUUCACUGAAUUGUACAAGUAUGCGGUGAAUGAUUGACUGUAAGAAAUGAAAGAAACUUUUAAAAAAAAGCUCAUCCUGACUAACCUACUGAGCGAAAAAAAAAGUGUUUAUCUUCAAAGUGAGUGCAACUCGGGCUUAGGAGUCAACAGUCGAGGUACAGUCAUUUCAGUUUAUUUCCUGAUCUUUGAAUUCAUGUUUCUGUAACUGGCUGUGUAUGUAAACCCCUGUUUAUUGGUUUAUCGCCAUGUUUAGGAGAUAAUGUGCACGUGAUAUACGUGCACUUACUUUGUGAAUAGUAGAUGCAUGUGAGUACAUCAGGAAUCACAAGCUGUUCACCACCUCAGGGAGAGGGUCCUCCAAAGGGCCCAGCCCUUCAUAACCUGCAUUGACCACUCAGGCAGGAGUGAAUGGAGACCUUCUGGUCUACUGAGGAUUUCCUGUACAUGUAAACAGGUGUUCUUGCCCUUAUUUGCGUCACACAUAGCAAGCAUCAUGUUACUUAACCACCUCCAUCAUUUUAAGGAAUUUCAAGGAACAGGGCACUCAUAUCAGUACUUAAAUCAAAUCAAAGAUAGUUAUUCAACUGUUAUUCAACUGUUCAAAAUGUUUUUCUUGAGUGUCCAGUAUUUUGUUUGACAUGACGUGUGAAUAAUCUGUGAAUACUUGGGAUUGUGAAGGAAACACCAAACAUAUCCUUGUUGACCCAGGUAGGAGCCUUCAGACUGAGACAGUCUUUGACAUGUCCCUGUAAAAUCAGUCCUUCUCGGUGUCUUUUGAAAGAUGCAGAGUUGGGACAGAGCUACAGUAAAAGGUUAGGAUGUCAUGAGUAUCUUAUCGUUGCAUUGCAUGUGUAGUUGGAGGAAAGUACGAGUCUGGUGGUCUUCACAGAACUAAAUGGUGAGGAGUUGUGUAUCACAUUCAUGCAAAAUUAUCUUAAGCAUAUACACUGCAUCCACUAUGGGACACAACCAAAAGCCAGGCUAAUACUAUAACAGAGACUGAUAUAUGAGUGACAUCAGAAAUGAAUAGAGCUCAUUUAUGUUUUGGACACAAGACACUUUCUUUGUAGGAAGCCAUGUAAGGGUUUCCUCCAGGAUUUUUGAAAACUGUGGGGAAAGGCUCUGACAUUAUACUAAAAAAAAUUAUGUAUCGCAACUUUAAAACAUUUAUAAAUAAAUUAUUUAUUUAACAGAAACAUAAUUUAGCCUAAUCUAAUGGCUCAGUUUACAACCAAGCUGAGAGCACUUCAUUUUUCUUGUAGAUAAAUAAAAAUGAGGAGUGUCAUAUGAUGUAGAAAAGCGCUUGAGCGUCUACUACGGAUAAUACAGUAAUGAUGUUGGCGGAAACCAUAGACUGAUAAAGAAUGGACAUUAACUGCCUCCUCGCUGGGUGAAGCCUCCGUGAGAAUAGCACCCUCUGGUGACAGGCUGCAGUAUAGGUCAUAAAUCCCGCCUCCCCCAGCAAUCCCUAUGGAGCUGUGGACAAACUUUCCAAAUUUAUUACACAGAAUAUAAAUUUUUUUCCCCCUCUGCUUGCGAUGAUGUUAUUGUAAGACUGGUUUGUGCUCAAGUCUUCCUUUUUCUGUGCAGAUCCAUUUUUAAAGGUUAUUAGGAGGUUCAUGUUUUCUACGAUUCACACUUGAUACAGCCUAUGGGCGUAUUAAGAUUGCGUUGCUCGCCUGGGGGAUAAACUGUUUGAGCAAAGUGUCAUCACCGCUCUCAGUGGCUCUGCCACCGAAUGCGUACAAUGCUACUGCACAAGUGGUGGUUCCAGGAAGUGGAGAAAAUCCUGGAAAUACCAAGAGCAAUUCGGCUUCAAAUUCUUAUAAUGAUGGAAGGCAGAACCAAGUUGUCCGUAGUAUAUACAGUCUAUGGUAGUAACCAAGGAGACCAGUGAGGGUCACAGGUCAUGCUCACGCACUAUGUUGUUCUUCUUACGUAAUCUGUUCAUGUGCAGUAAAGAUUUACUUGGACUGAAGACACACAUGCCUCUUGCUCAGACGUUUACGAGGGGAUUUUGAGAAAUUGAGAAAAACCAAACCACAUCUUUUAGUGUUGAAAAACACAUUAAGGUGAAACUUUUUAUCGUUCACAUUAAAUGUUACUGUCACUAACAUUGCAUUAUUAACCUUGACAUUAACAUAAGGGUCAUUUUGACAGGCUUCAGCUAAAUAUUAGUUAAACUUAUCCUUCUUAGUAGAGUCAGGCAAGACAUUGAGACUCCAGUGUUGUUUUUUCAGAAUUAAGUUAUUUGCAGAGCAGUGUCACAUUUCAUGAGUACAAUUCCACACUCUUAUUAUGGUCCAUAAAUGAGCUCAGAUGUAGAAUUUAUGUUUAUAUGGAUCCAUUUAUACAAUACAAUUUACAUUUGAACAUCUGGAAAUAAAAAGAUUGUAACUCUGAAGGCAUGGCAACUUUUAUCUUGGCGUGGCGGUUGCUUCAAUACUAUUCACAUGUAGCGGAAACCCUGCAAUAGUUUUACUGUUUAUAUAAAUAUGUAUAUGUAAAUAAAUAUUUAGCUGAUCGUGCUUUUUUAUGCAUUUAAAAAGUAACCAAAGUUGUCAAAUUUUAAAUCAAAUUCUAAAUAAAAGACACUAAUGAAAUAGGUUAUGAGCAGAAACACUCCACGGGCACUCGUGGCAUUAGGUGAACCUCACAGGUCUUUUAAGGGCUUUAUAUGCAAUAAUUGCGUGAGUGCAGGAGGAUGAAAAUAGCUUUAACCCGCAUCGGUCUGCCUCGAGUUUCUAUUCUCUCAGGUCUAAAAGCAGCGUCAAGAUGUGUCAGUGAAUCAGAGCAGAACAAAGAAUCUUAUCUCUGCUUUCACAUCAGCUCAGGCAAGUCUGAGGUGUGACUCCGGUGAUGCUGACUUCAUUUCUGCAGCGCUAGCUUUCACAUUUUUUUACUUCCAUAAAGGUUUCAGUCAGUUUCAGGUCGAUAAAUAGCCUACUCUUAUAUUGGGUCACAUCACUUUGAGUACGCAGGAAAUAAUUGUAGACUAUGUUGUUUCAUUGAGGUAGAAGAAUCGCUGACGUGACUUACGACUUGAAUGUUUUCCCAAAAGAGAAAAUCUUUUCAACUAGAGGUAUAACUCUCUUUGUCAGUCUGUGUGUCUGUCUUCGACUGGACAGAUGAAUCAAUGGAGAAAAUAUGUAAUAGGGAAAUUUAACCCUCUCUCCAAACUGCUGGAUGAUAAACUGUGGCAAGCUGUGGAUUGCAUGGAUUUAACCUAUGAUCUCCUCAAACCAGUAAGCACGUCCAGUCGUUAGCUAACUAGCUUGUAAGAUGGAUGUUAAUUCGUCAGUUGGUAUUAACAGGGGGUGGAUCAGCAGCAUCAGAAGCAAGUUGAAUGGGAGCAUUGGUUUAAGGUUUAAUGAAUGUGCUUGUGGCAGAAAGUUGCCACUGUCACUGUGAGCAGGUGAUGAGUCCAGGGAGAGCCGCAAGAAAGGUUACCAUGCACUCUCUCUCUGUGAGUGUGUGUGUGUGUGUGUGUGCGUGUGUGUGUGUGUUACCCCCCAAGUAAGACUAUUCUUACUCAUCACAAGACACAGCUGUGACAGGCGAGGUGUGUGUUGGUCACGCAUUUCUAAUUGGCUGCAGCUGAAAUGUCAUGUCACUAAGCAAGUGUGUGUUUGUGUAAGACACAAAAGUGCAUUUGUUGUACAUUUUACAAAAGACUGUUCAGACAUUUUAGUUUAGACAGGUACAUAAAGUAUUCUCUCCACUGAUUAUAAAUACAUUUUGAAUAUGAAGUUUGGACUCUGGUGGCCUUUGCAGACAGUGGAUAACACAAAACAUAAAGAAGGAGAAAUGGUUGUAGUCAAGAUGUAUGAUUUUUUUUUCUUUUCUAAAUAAUAUGAAACAAUAUUGUUAUUUGGAAGUUUGAGUUCACACAUAAGCUGAAAACUUAACAGAGGUCUCUUUUUCAACAUAUCUCAGUCUUAAACAGGCGAGCUGCUAUAUGUCUUUUCAUUUCUUUAUCAACUUUUGGUGUUAUGGACCCGAUCACCAUCAGAGCCUCCUCUGCUAAUACUCGCAUGUCAUUUAAAAAAUGAAACAAUUUUCAAUAAAAAGUAAUUUUCAAAAAUCACACCCCUCAUUUCUUUUGAAAAUAAGUUCACUUUCAUCCCACCUUAUCUCAAAGUAUUACUUUUAUCUUCGUAUUUAUUUAUUUAAUUAUUCUCACGUGCCUAAAUGCAUAAUGCUUUUUUUUACUGAACUGUAGAGACUAUCUCAUUUGAAAAAAAAAAAAUCUAUAUCUGCCCUCUUUCCUGCGCUGUUACAGCCUAAACACUCAACAAACAAAGAUGAAGUAUUUCAGAUCCAAGUAUUGCGCCUGUGAUGUACAUGAGUUGAAUCAAAUUGAAUCUCUGCUCUUCGUCUUUAAGUCUUUAUCACAGAUCUAAAAAGUAAUGUAAUAAAGCUUUUGCUCAAACCUCUCAAAACUUUUUUUGGGGGGGGGUGUUGAGUGAGCGCCUGACUCUUGUUGUGAUGAGCUGAGUUUUUCGCUGGAAUGGUAUUUGGCGUAACUCAGAUAGUUGCUCUAGUUCCCUCUCGGUGUGAGUGCAUGAACCCAGUAACCCCGGCAGCCACACUGUUGUGUCUCUUCAAAUAUGCUUUUGCUCUGAAUGGUAACUAACAAAGGUAACUGCUGGAAAGUUUAUGUCGGGAGCACCUUUCUGUAAAACACCACAAAGUGUCACAAUAAGAGACACAAUGUAGGAGUGGGAAAGCUCAACAAAGGCCUGUGUAAACAGGUUCUGUGAGUGGAAGGCUGAUUGUGAAGGCGUCCACAUGUCUAAAGAGUGAGUUUCAGAUUUUAGGAACAACAAACUGGGUUUAAGUUUUGGUGCCACAUACAAGCAAGCUGAAUGACCUUCUGCUCAUGGAUGUAGCUAAAUGAUAAUGAAAGUGAAAUAAAUGCUGCUAUGAUAAAGAGUUUAAGACUGUGCAAGUGGAAAACAAAUCACAGGUUCACUCUCACAGAUAUUAGGGUGUUUUUUCUCCCUGCAGUUCGAAUGUAUUCUGAGAAACAUACAUUAACAAAUGGAAACUUGUAAAUGAAAACGUUCUGUCCUUUAUUUUGUAUGAUUUCCACAACUUUCACCCAACUGCAGGUGAAGUAGGGCCCACUAAUGCCUCGAAUGUCUACCAAUGAAUGUACAAGGAAGAUGGUUAAAUGGGGCUUUACUCCUAUGGGAAUCUGUGAUAUUCACUGUGGCUGUGAAACUGUUUAUUUACCCUUUGUAACUCUAAAUAUUGUUCUUCAGCUACAAUAUGAUGAUAGAUUAUACAUUCAGAUUGUCUUCAUUAGUUUGAGCUGAAAUUUUGAAAAAUUGAAAAAAAAAAAGUUUUUUUGUUAUAAAACAAAAUCUGUCUCUGCUCCAAAGCGACAAGCAAUGCCCAGCAGCCCUUAAAUAUAUGCACUUCCAAGCAUCACACACUAGAGGUGUCAUUAAUACAUCUUCAGAUAUGUGGACACAACAGAAGUAAGGUUCAUGAGCAGGGAGACAAGCAGGAAAAAUCAGUCCUUAAGUUUUGUGGGGUCUGUUUCUCAUUCAGUGGAUUUUGUGCCUUUCUGUGUCAGAUAUUAAUAUGUAGGAGCGAAAACUGCUAAAGCUAUAUCUUAGGCUAAUGGAAAGUGAUCAUGGCUGUUUCUUUCUCUCUCUUUUUAAAAAUUAUUCUUAUAUUAAUACAUACUGAUUGUAUUUGCUUGCACUUUUGCACUUAAAAACUCAUAAAACUGCAAAAAUGUGUUUUACUUCAGCAAUAUCUCCUUUAUCAAUGUACGUUACGAUUCAGUGUUUUUAUUUGUUGAUAAAGAAGAUAAGAGAGGUAGAGAGAAAGUGUGUAGAAAAAUAAAUACAGUAUGGUAAUUUUCCAUCCGCAGAGCAGUAUGUUAAACCCCGCUCAUAGUCUAAGGUGUUUGAGUGUAUACACUUCCUGCCCUCUAACCUGUGCUGUGUGCGUGAGGACUUCAGAAGGCUGGGUGCCCCCGAUGAAGCACUGUGACUCCCAUUGUCUCGUAUCCUGAAAUAGUCUGUGGGGACCUGCAGCAACAAUGGCUCCAGACUAUCAAAGAGUGGCACUAUGCACACACACACGCACGCAUACAUACGCACACACACACAGAGAAACGCAGACAUCCAGGAGCUAGCUGAAGUUAGCAGUUCCAGUUGACUUGAGGUGGUGGAUACAGUUUGUGUCUGUCUGCUCUCUGUCUGCAGCUCAUCAGUAAUAAUGAGGGUUUGGGUUUGGGUUGUUGUGGGUCGGGUUAAUGAGUUUUAGACAAACAGCCCACUGAUGGAACACAGACUGAUGACAGAACAUAAUGGUGCUUAUGUACUCUGCCCUUCCUGUCUAGUGCGUUUUAUCCUCACCUAAAUGUUGAAUUUCCCUUUGACUCUGUGUGUUUCUGCAGCUUCGAACUAGAAAGCAACCUAGGACAUUGAAAGGAAAAUUAUUGACAUGAUGGUUACUGUUAUAUUUUAAUGUUUGAGUAUAAAAUUCAAGAUUUAUCCUGAAUCGGAUGUCAUGACAGAGACCUUCUCUCAGCAGUUAUAGGGUAGUUGUAGUCAAAAAUGCAGAGUAAAAAGUGUAAAAUAACCCCUGUAGUGCCCAGAAGGAAAAGUGGUAUCUGGCAUGUCACUUUUGGAAGAGUGGCAUAUACCAGUUUUCAAACUGGCAUCCUGGUUCAAUCAUUGGUAUACCCAUUGUCACUCUAUACUGAGUGUCUUGAAAAUAACAGUCUAAUAUCAAUAUUACAGUACAGAUUAUUUGCUAACAUUGUUAACAUUAGCCUAGCCCAGCGCAUUUUUCCCCAUAGAACGGGAAUCUACACUACAGGCCAAAGGUUUGGAAGCAAGAUCAGAUUUGUACAAAAAAAAAAUAGAGUUUCAUAUUUAUAAUUUGCAACCCAAUAAACAUUGUCACUUGUAACUUGUCAGAAGACACUUUGACUAUAAUUAUUAGGUAUUUGAGUUAUUGUUGCUUAGACUUUGCUUUCUUCAAAGUAACCUCUUCUGGCUUUAACAACAGCUUGGCAUAUACCAGGCAUUCGUUCCACAAGUUUUCUAAGGUUUGUUCCAGGGAUUGCAUUCCAAGCUUUCUUAAGUUCAUUAAAAAGAGAUUGCUGAUCGUGGGACGUGUUUUUCUGACCAAUCGAUCCAAUUCAUCCCGCACAAGCUCAAUUGGAGAAAGGUCUGGAGAUUGAGGGGGCCAAACCAUCUUUUGAAGAACACCCUCCUCUUCUUUUUUGUCGAGCUUGGCAGAGUGCUUAGGGUCAUUGUCUGCUGCAAAAUAAACUUAUGAGCCACAAAGGAAAUGUAGAGUGUGAGGGGUUUUGAACAUGGUUUUGCUGUUUUAAGUUAAAACAAACAAAAAAAAAGCUUUUACCUACAUGCAGAAAGUCAGCGUAUUUAAACUGUAAUAAUCACUUAAACUCAUUUCUACCUACAUUUUUUUCCACAGUUCUUCUCUUAUUGUAAAUGUUUGAUCACUUGAAGCAGUACAAUUGCUCAUUAAUUCGAGCUCUAAUGGGGUACUUUAACUUGGAGCACACCCUUGAUCAAUCCAUGUGUUUAAGUAGUUUUUCAAAAUAUAAUCUCAUCCUAUUUAAAAAGUCAAAUCUUUCACUCACCAAAUUUGUCAGCUAUGCGUUAUACAUCUGACAGCUAACCCACUGCAGAAGUUUUUAAUAAAGAAACGUAUAGAAAAUAAUCAGGCUUUAUGCUGAGGGUCUCCUUUGGUUUUUCUUGCUUAUUAAGAAACUUCACUAUUCAUCUCAGCCUCUUUCACAACCAGUGGAAAACUCCUUACAGGAGUGAGAGAAAAAUGCCUCUUUGUUUGGAAAAUUAUGUUCGUGCAAAACACAACACACGUACUGUAAACAUUUCCACCAGAACACCUUUCAAAGGCUGCAGCUGUGAUUCACGGAACAAUACUGUGUACUGUACUUACUGUAUAGACUUCAGCACCUUUUAAUCCUCAUGUUUAACACUUAGGUUGGAUUUGCAGAAGUGCAAAUGUGAAAAUUAGUCUGUGUUUGAGACGUAGUCCAACUUUGGAUUUCUCCUGAUAUUUCCACUAAAGCACAAACCUAUUAUCUUACAUGGCUGAGCUUCAACAUUUUCUACACUGCUGCUGUACUCUCUGUACUUCAGGUGGAAAUCACAGCUCAGUAGAUUCUCCUCAGCAGCAGAAACACUCAAGUUUAACUAUUAGACAGAGGGCUGUGAGAGGAAACAAGAGACUUUCACAGCUGGCAGUGGUGAAGUAUAUCAUUAAACUGGGUUGAUUAAAUGCGGGUAUGAAUUCUAAUGGACCAGAAAAAUCUGCUCCUCUGACUGCAAACAUUGUAACUCUAGCUCUAUUAGUCUCCCUUCCCUCUUUGGGCCUCUCUUUAACCUUAACGUAAUCCCUGUUGUUGCUGGAACAUUCAAUCUGCAUAAUAAUCUGAUUAUUCGUGUUCAGCUUGUUUGCAUUGGUUCUUUACACCAUUGAUUGUUUUUUUAAUGAUGAUGAAAGCUUAGUAUUUCAAAGAUAUCUGAAUUCUGGUUUUGCCUCAAAUAAUUUGUAUUCAUACAAUCUCCUGUGAUAUUAUCUCUGCACAUGCAUUAUGUUCAGGCAACAGAAUGCAUGUGCAGAGAUAAAUCUACACUUUGUGGUCCACAAUUUGCACAUUUUGGGGUCCAAAUGAAACAGAAAGUUUUGGGAUUGCCUCAUUUAACGUUUUGGCUGGCAGCUGCCCAAAGGAGCUAUUCUAGCUGUACUUUAAUCCUUGUGAGACGGUAUGUCCAGUCAAAGUCUGAACUGCAAUAGUCCUUAUUUUUACAACAACAGAUUCAGUUUAGUGUCUGGCAGUAAAGUAUUUUUGUCACCAGCAACUUACAGGUACAAUAAUUCUAAAAAAAAGGAAGCAAAUGUUAAAAAGACAAGUUACAAAAUGGGAAUAAAAAGGUUAUGCUCAUAUGAGGAGCUUUUUUUAACAUUUACAAAAUAGGCUGCAAUUAAUAUUGAGACCUUUACUGUUAUAUAAAAAGCAAACAAGACAAUCGAUAACAAGAUGGUUAAUCUUUAUACAGAAUUUUUUGUGAGGAGGCAGGUGUCAGUGAAGCUGCUGGAGAAACAGACACUUUUUAUUUAUUUAUUUAUACUUUUUUUUUAAGAUUCCACAUUUAGAUAUUAACCAAAAAUGAAACAGUUGACUGUAUAAAUUUAGCUGGAUCAGAUUUUUUUGUCCCUGCUCAAGCGUGUAAACAACGAGAAACAAAGGCUGCUUUGACCACAGGGGGCGCCAAAUCAGCACAAAUCAAAAGUUCCUCACAGGAGUUUAUCAAUUUAUUUAUUCUUGUUUUGGAAUUUGAAUUGUUAUGUUAAUGUUUAAGUUUCAGCCAUUGAGCCUUUACAGUUCUGCUUCCCUUUUACUUUUAGUGUUUCUAUUAUAUUUUCAACUGUGUACUGUAAAGACACGAGCCCCUGUGGGGAACAUCACAGUGUCACCACAGGAGGAGUAGGAGGAGAGUGUCUAGAGUUCAGCAGAGCCUCACCUCAGCCGUUGUGGUUUUUUGAAGUUAUCAUGGUCACAGAGCCUGCAGACUGAUCAGACGUUUAAAAGCUCUAUUGUUGGGGCAGACGUCUUUAACCUUAAUCUGAUUUCAUGCUCAGCUCAUGUCUAAACACAACAUGCUGAAUCAGAGGCUGGAAAUAACAGUCGCCGUUUAAACGUAGAACAAAAACUCUCAAAUCCUCCUUAUGGGACUUGUGUAGUUUUUAUGAGGCCUGCAGUGACGCUUUUAGGUACCUGGCACUCUGUUAACACUUCCUCAUUUUUAUGUUGUGCUGACAGAAAAAUGGCCUCUUUGUUGCAUGGGAGGUCCUUGGAUAUAAAUGUAGCAACAGCAGAAAUGCUAAAAAUGUCUCUAUCCUGCGGCUGAUAAGAGCUUCAUUUUACUGGGUGUAAAACCACAUUCCAGGUUUUCCUCUGACUUCAACACAUUUCCCUAUUUCCCCUCAUUAAAAAACAAACAAAAAAAAAACAACAACAACAAUAUUAAUAUUUUAAUAAGGUUAUGGGUUAGACUGCACUUUUAUUUUCUUCUGUUCUUUUUUUUUUUUUUUUUUUGUUGCUGCUUUUGAACUUUUUCACCUCCGGAGGCAGAAUCAGUUUGACAUUCACACGUCAAAUGUUUUCCUCUGUAGACCAGCAAUCCGUGUUCCUUUGUAUGAUUGUUUUGGCCAAAAUGAACUAUGCUGUUGAAAUAAGAUUGAUGAUACUUCUCCUUUGGAAAAUAAUAACAUUAACUUUAAAAACAUCUUAGCUAGAUGGGUUUAACUUGUGAGCUGGGUGGCAUGAAUCAGUGCACACCUGAUCAAGUUUUUAACAUGCUAUUGUCAGAGUCGGUGGUGUUUUCUUUUACAUUAAUCAGCUCUUGAGCACUGCAGUUUCUGUAACUGUGUUAACUUCAAGCUCCUUCAUCUUCAGUUUUCUAGAAAUUUGGAGUCUUUAUGCUUGUGCUUGUAUUCAUAAGACAGCUUCAAAGGGAAAGUAACUAUGGGGGGAGAAAGGAAGAAACAUGCAUCAAGUCAUGCUAGAUUGGGAAUCGAUUCUUUGCCCAAUGUGACCAAGACUGUUGACUCUUGUCAGACCAAUGGUGCCCCACUGAACUAGAUUUUGAAAAAUGUUUUUUAUGUUUUUUUUUUAUUUUGUUUUUAGGUGAAAGCUUAACGUUAAUGUUUGUAGCCAGUGAGUACAAGAAAUAAGCUGCAAUAGAAGAGAAAGACGAAAGUUUCCUUAAGUUUCUGAUCAGUUGUGAAUUUCAGGUACAUUUCACUUGAGCCUUCAUGCCACUACUGAGUCUUGUUGUAAGUUACACACCUGCAGUUUCUCCUCUGCAAAACAAGAUAUGCAGACUUACUGGGGGGGCAAUAAAUUCCAUCAAAAUGCAUUACACCACCACCAGCUAGCAGGCUGCAGCAAAAAAAGGCUAGUCCCUUGAACUAUGACAUGAAGAGCAAUUGCAUGAGUGCCCAUUGUGCAGCAGGGAAUGAUUGAAUCUGCUGCUUUCUUUCUGCUGCUGAUAAAAAAAUAAAAUAAAGCUGCUGAGAGCUGAUCUUUGCAGGUAAAAGUGAGAGUGAAAGAGCUUGGACCUGCUCAAAAUCAAACAUAAAUAAAAUAAAAUUAGAUGGCAUUUAUUUUGAUAGGUAUCUUUCCUCAAGCAUCAGGAUCAGAGCUUGCCUGGAUCAGACAGUUUUGACUGAUUUAAAGCACUUCCUUGAAAAUGCAAUAUAACAUUUAAAGUUCAUUUCACAGAGCAAAAACAGAUAAACGCCUUUACUUUCAUUUCAUUUGAUACACUGAUGUUGCACUUUGUUACACCUCUUUGAAAUCUGUUUAUUUUGAACUCUGUCUACUACCAGAGAAAACACACCAGCCUCCACUGUUUUAACUUCUCCUGCCUUUUCAUCACUGGUGUCAUCUCCUCCCUUUUUUUCUUUAGCACAUAGUGCAACACCAAACUAACAGUUGGUUAGUGUUUCUAUGAACAUAAUAUGAACCUCAAUUAGAAUUACACGUCAUGUAUUAUGUCCUAGGAUGGUUUGUUGAGCAGUGACUGGACUUCUAAGCCGUCUGCUUAAACCUUAUCUAGUAGAAUUACCUUUAUUUGAUCCACAAGCUGCCCCCUUUAAAAAAAACAAGAGUCUUGAAGAGAAGAGAGUAAUCACAUGCCUCUGCAGACAAAUUGUGUUUUUAGCCUCACUUUGAGUGUGAGGAUGGCUCAGCUUCAAACAGAAGUUAAAUCAAAUGCCCGCCCUGUUUAAUCCCAAUCCAAAAGUACACCGUGCAGAGAAGUGGACACAGAGGUGCCAGAAGUCAGAGAUCAGAGGUAUUUUAUAUCCUAAAAUAUCAUCAUUAGUAAGCUCAGGACUGUUAGCUCACUAAUGUUGUGGUGUACUUGAGGAUUUAGUUGGAAGUCUGACACACUUUCUCAAAAGCUUUCAAAUAGUAUAAAUAAUCUAUGUUGUGUCAGAGAAUUAAAAUGGACAUAUCAGAAAUGAGAAUAUAUUCUUAUUUUGUGUGUGAGAAUCUGUUGCAUAAGGAUUCAAAAACAAAGUUACUCAUCCUUUUACAAACUUGAUUUGUUACAAUGAUGUCACAUGGUUUUAUUUUUCCCACACAGGAUGAUAACGAUAAAUUGGAUUUUUUUCCACAUUGCACAACAGGCUCCUGCUGGCUUUUAGAACUUUCUCUAAUGUGGUAUUUCCAGCUAUUUAGUCCUAAACUGGUUGAAAUGUCAUGCUGAAGUGCGGCUUGAGUCUUGCUGACAGUCACAGCAUGACUUGGAGAGAACAGACCCCCUCCCUGUUUUUACUCUGAGAAACUUAUUGUGUUUUAACUUCUAAGUGAACUCAGAAAAACUGACUGUGAAACUGUGAAGAGUCAUAUUUGAUGCUUGUCUCAUUGGGUUACAAUUUAUGAAAGAUUAUCGAUGCUGCAGUUCAACCACAGUCAGAGGACCCAAAACACAAGGGCUUUCAUACAGGAUUUAUUGAUGGUGGUAUGAAUCAGGAGGAUGCAAUAAUUAUUCGUCUCCAGCUAAAACUGAUUUCCACUGAGAUACAGAAACUUAAAAGUGCGAUGAAUUAACAAACCCACAGUGUACAACGUCACAAAUGAACCGAAGUCUUAACUGUCCUCAUGUCUGUCUCUUUCUGUCCAGGAGCAGCUCAGAGCGGCGUAAGGAGAAGUCUCGGGAUGCGGCUCGCUGCAGGCGCAGCAAAGAGACAGAGGUUUUCUACGACCUCGCUCACCAGCUACCUUUACCCCACAAUGUCAGCGCUCACCUAGACAAAGCCUCCAUCAUGAGGCUGACUAUCAGCUUCCUGCGCACACGCAAGCUCCUCGCCACAGGUAUGGAAACACAUGCAAUGGCUGCUUUGGUCACGCCAGAUUGAUCGGUGUGCAAGUCUUUGUUUUUCUGUUGCUAUGUGUGACCGAUUGUUCAUCGACAGAGGAAAGUAUUUGUCACACUUUUUCUGUCUUUUUGCGUUUCUGUUCCUUCCGUUAGUUUCCUCCAAAAUAAGACGCUGAGGAAGCUCAACAAAGAGGCAGACCUAUUGUUCUGACAUUCCUCCAUUGCAGUGGUGUCUCAAAGUGAGAUCAGAGAACAGCUAAAUUAAACAACUUUUUUGAGCGUCAUAGUGGUCAACACAGCUUUUAGUCCAAAAAUAAACAGCUUAUUUCUACUUAACAGAGGUCCAAAACUGUUUAUGAAAUGAAAAGAUAGUGAAGCAAGAUGAUUAUUCCUUAAUACUUUUAAUCUUCCGACUAUUGUGGUCCCCAAACCCAUAUUUCUUUUUAUCCAGCAAUGGAGUUUAAUCAUAUUAUUCAUACAUCACCACUGUGCCUAUUCUAGGUAGUCUCGUCUGGUUUAUGAAUGAAUACCUAAAAUUGUACGCGCUUUCUGUGAUUUACACUUCUUAGCCUUAAAACCUGUUCUGUCGAGAGUCUGUAAAAUGAAGUUUUGUGUGUUAAAGAAUUAUCAACCGUCUAAGAGGCCAUUGUGAUGACAAGCUGCCAGUGAAACAGGAAAGCAUUCUGAUUAACUCAAGCUUAUCUGUUUAUCUUUACACCAGCACUUGGCAUUUUAUUCGUCCAUCAAUCACUGCUUAUACAACUCCUGAUGGCCUACUUACGGUAUUUUUAUAAAGUGCUUUGCAUUGUUAGACAGGGAAGAAGUCAUGCAUACAAGCAGCAACGCUUCCUUAAACAACAGUGGCAGCUACUUCCUGAAUCUAUGCAAUCAAUCAGAAACGGAAUAAAUCAACCUCUUUUAUUUAACCGGAUUAUUCUUGUGGCACUCUUUAUACAGCUUGAAGUGCUGUGCGUUUGUAAAGUAAAAAUAGCCUCAGGUUAAGUGAGGCAAGGAUAUAAAUAAAUUCAACAAGAAUAAAAAAAAAUCCCCCAGCAAUUUAUGCCAUUGUUAAAUUUGAGGAUCUACUUUACUUAGGUCAUGUGACAAUACAAAACAUAGAUAGGAAAGGGUCCAAAAUUGAAGACACUUAAACUUUAAAAAAAAUUUAAACACAAUCUGAUACACUGCAGUUCUUCGUACUUUGUCAUGUUUCAGUCAUCAUAUCGUAUCAAUAGUGAUAUAUUAGACAUAAUGACACAAACAUGCAGUGAGGACUUUGAUCUGUGUGUAAUUUUACGGCUACUAACAAGUGGCAGGGUUUGUAAAUUACCUAUAGAAGAAAAAAACUACCUUAUUCCUUGACAUUUAACGCCGUCUUAACUUAUACAAAAUAUCGUUAAGCGCAAAUGUCAAAUAUUGUCUGUAUAAAGUACAGCAUGAUGUAUUAAACAAUAUAACCUUACAAAGUACGGCAUCACUUUAUGGAACAUAUUCCCCCACACCUCUAUAAAUUCAGAUCGGCAGUAUAUCUCUCUUUUUUUUUUGGUUUGUCUUUCCUUUUUUGAUUUAAUAGACAUUUGGAUUAAAAAUCAGAUAAAACAUUUCACUUCAUUCAAAGUAUCAGUGUGUUUUACUGCUAAAAAAAGAGAAAUGGAAUGAUUUAUGGUACCAGCAGCUUUGGUUUCCAGGAAUUUACUGUAAAGGUACAGCGACAAUAGAGGAGCGUCAACUGUUUGUUGCCAAAAUGGUGUAUCAGCGUGUCAGCUAUGAAUUUCACUGUACAAAACAUUUUUUUAGUCAUUAAAUUACCAAGAACUACAACAUCAUUCUUGAGGUAAUUACAUGGUUUUGAUAUUACAGUAUUUUACUGUAAAUUUUUUCUCUUAAGUUCCUACAUUAAAAAUUGUGGAAUUUUAUUCUAUUCUAUCUAUAUUCUAUAAAUCAUCGAAAAUUCAGUUUUUGUUCUGGUCAAUGUGAAUACUAUGGGAGUAUAUGAUAUAAAACAGUGUUUUUAAUGAAUUAUAAAAUGAGUUUUUCCACAACUUUCUCACAACUUUUUUUUUUUAAUUUCCCCUCUUGCCAUCUUGUUUUCCAAACAAUUUAAGUUUUAUGUUGCUAAAUUUUAUAUUUUUUCAAAAAUUUCUUUGCUACCGUUACACAACAGCCAACGAAACUGUUUCUGCUUUAAAAGAAAUGAAAAUGUCAUAUCAAACUUUAUAGAUAUUGUGACUCUUUUGUUUUAACUGACCAAAAUUACUCGUUUAAAAGCAGUCAUCAAAUGCAUCCAAGGCUCAAGAAGGGCAGAUGCUGAAGGGAUGUAGGUGGAUACAUAUUUAUACAGUGAGAGAAAGAAGGGAACAGGUGAAUAGAUGAAGCUUUAUGGGAUGGGGGAGGAUAGCUCAUGAGAAGGAAGAGAAAGAGAAGGAGUGAUGGCUAAUGAGGGUAGGGAAGCAGUGGGUGAGAGCGGCAGAGAGGACAGGGAGAUCCGUGAGAUGCAGCAGCAGAUUGAGCGUUAUCAAACCCGUCUGAUUGCUCCGUGAUGGAAGCUCAGAUUGGAGAGGAAGCGACGAGCUCUGCCCACCGUUCAGCUGCUGCUGGCAUCACCCUUGCUAGCCAUAACAGCCGACCGCCUUGGCGCCAAACAUGCUGGCCUGCACACACGCACACACACACGCACACACACACACACACACUCACAAAACACACUUCAGCACACACGAAUAGCCAGUACAUGCACCAAAAUGCGCACAUGCAAGCGGCUGCACAGCUUAGUUAUGUAACUAAAGCUCACCGGGGACCUUGAGAACCUGGAGACCUGAAGAACAGAGAUGUACAGAUAAGAAGGUACUUAACGUGGUUUGGCCUUUUUUUUCUGCUUUACAUAACCUAGAUUUUAAAAGUUCCCUGCCCUGAAUUAAAAGUAAACUAUUUGAAGAUGUACGCCUUUUCGAUUCUUCAACUGUGUCUGGAUUUGAGUAAAACAUGUUAGUGUGAUUUCUAAAUAGGACAAAUUAUCUGAUGGCUCUAUAUCUGAGCAAUUUUGCAUUUAUUGUUUAAAUGAGUUCAAGUUUUUUUUCAGUACUGCCUGACUUCAGUACUGACCCUGACUUGUUGAAUACUUGAUUCUGAUUGGUUGAGACCUGUAGCAACUGUGCAAAAUGACGCCAGAUACAACCUGUUCAGAUGUAACAUAAUGAAUCAAUUCACAUAAAUGCAAAUGUUAUCCCAGCCUGUUGACACUGUGGCAAAAUUGAUUCAUUGAAUUAGCAUUCUUAAUUACGAACAAUAUGGCAAAACUUUAAUUAAAGAAUGAGAGUUGGAUAAAAUAACAGUUAUGGGGUACAGUCAUAGACUGUAUAUAGAAUGGACAGCGUCUGCCUCCUUGCUGGGUGAAGCCACUCCGAGAACAGCACCCUCUGUUGAUGGGCUGCAGUAUAGGUCAUAAAUCCCGCCUUCGCCAGCAAAGCUUAUGGAGCUGUGGACAAACUUUCAAAAUUGAUUACACAGAAUAUACAUUUUUCUCCCCCCUGGUUGCGAUGUUGACACGUAGUUAUUGUAAGACUGGUUUGUGCUCAAGUCCUCUUUUUUCUGUGAAGCUCCAUUUUUAAAAGUUAUUAGGGGGUUCAUGUUUUCUUUGAUUGACACCUGAUACAGCCCAUUGGCGUUCAGGGAUUGUGUAGCUCACCCGGGGGAUACGCUGUUUGAGCCGAGCGUCAUCACAGCGACUCUCCCGCUGAAGGCGCACAACUCUACUGCGCAGUGCUGGUUUCAGGUAAUGAAGAAAAAUCACAGAAAUACUGAGAGCUUUUUGGCUUCAAAUCCGUAUACAGGCGGGAGGCGGAACCAAGUUGUCCAUAGUAUAUACAGUCUAUGGGUACAGUCAAUAGCAGCAGAGGUGGUAAGCCCAUCUCUAAGUUUGUCAAUCAUUCUAAUAUUAGAUAAGCAGUAGUAAUAGGCACAACAUUUCCCAAAUUUAUGUUUAAAGUAUUGUCGACUGAGAAGCCCUAAAAAUCAUGAAAUAUUGGGAUGAAGGUCAUACUUUUUUUAUAAUCAAAGCUCAGAUCAGAGAGCAGAUGACGUUAACCGGGUUUCCUCAAACUAUUUUGUCACGUCGCACACCCUACAGUCUGUCUCUUCAAGUUUUCUGUUUGUAAAUGUUGACAAGAGCAGGCACCAGAAAAGCUGCAAUGACAAAGGCAGGACAGACUGAAGGCAAAGAGUGUUUGACUGAGAAAGUCUUAUGUGACCCGAACGUCCUGUCACAUCAUUCUGUCCAGUGCAGCAGAAAUAAAUGUCAAGAAAACAACAACAACAAAAAAAAAGAAGAGGAAAUGAUUAUCAGAGCAGCAGCUGUCCCUAUCAGACGCUUUUUUUCUGUGCCCUAUUAUUUUCAAACAGGGACGGUUACGCAACCAAAGAACAACACAGUGAGGAAAAAAAGUGUGUCUCAGUCCAAAUGAAUGGUAAUCACAGCAAAGUAUGUAGGCCAAAGGUGCUGCUGGUCUUUGAACUGGGCUCCCGGAGUCUCCUCCAGCUCCUCAGGGCCCAUGAGAAUGAUUCAGGCUCCCUGGGGGUUUAUGCUAUGUGGGCCCGGCUCCAAACUCAAGCCCCAGGCCUCGACUGGAGCCUUGAGAACUGAACUCUCUUAUCUUAGGGAAGCACACUGGAGGAAUUGCAAGCACCCCCGCCCCUACCAGCUACUGGGCUUUGUUCAGAAUGAAGCUAUCGUCUGCGCUUACACACACAUACAACACACACAAACACACACACACACACACACACAUGCACACUGUCUCUGGAAGUGGGGCUGGUUGGUCAGUAGCUGAGAUUUUUUUUUUUUUUUUGAUUAAUUAGCAGUGCAGCGGGACACAGUGGACACACUGGAGUCUCUGUGUAUAAAUGUUUGGAUGCAGCCCUGUAUAUGUUUGCACAUAAUUGCGUAACGUGUAAGUCAUGCUCUAAAAGCGAGCAGCUAUUAAGGCUGCUUAUGUAGUUUUGGGUAUAAUUUGUCGGUGUGUGUGUGUGUGUGGGGGGGUCCGGGUCGGGAGUGGCCUGAGACGCAGGACGAAGCUGCACUGGUUUGCUUUGGCCUCAAGCCAAAGCCUCAAGAAGGAAAAACAAACCUGGAUGUGUGCAUGCUACCAGAAACACUCCACUUUUGAAAUAACAACAAAUUAAAUUCUCCAUAAAAUGAGGAGCUGCAGGCUGUGAGCAAAGACUACAGAAAACAUGGACGUAGUCUCAGUGAUGUCACCCUGUGGUUUCUGUUUUGGUUAUGCAGCCUAAUGAUGACGGUCACCAUCAUGAAAAUGCUUGAGGCCUGGCGAAGAGCUAAUUCUUCAGUAUGUCAGUCAAAUUGGCCACAUCUCUGUAAAGGUUAGCUCUUAGCCUAAAUAAUAUCAAAACAGGUUGACUAUACCAGUGGUUCUCAACUGGUCUCACUGUGGGACACACAUUUUCCCAUGGUCCUUAAGUUGCAACGCUCUUUUAUAAAAUUCAAACCAGGCAAAUUUAGUUUUUUAUAUAAAAAAACCUUUGAAGACUCAAAUCUUUAACAUAAAUACACCCAUUUUAUCCAGUAAAUUGCAUUUCAGAGCACAUGAACUGAGGACGACAACAACUAAAGUUGCAUAUACAGAAAAUAUCAAAUUGCACAAAAUGGAGACCAGCAAAAUGUAAAAUUUAACUUAUUUGGAUCUCUGCAUUCAGAGCAUAUUCAGAAGAACCUGAGGAGGACUACGCAACAGCAUGGACAAAAGUGAAUAAAUAUUAAAUUGCACAAAAUAAAGACCAAAAAUAUAUAUAUUUUUACUGCAUUCAGGCCACAUACACAAGAAACCAAGGAGGACCAUGACAUAAUGCGUGCCUUUCAAAAUAAGUUUGUUUUUUUUUUUUAAAUAAAAGACAUGUCAAACAUCAGAUGCACAUUAAAUAUUUACUUUUUUUGACCAGCUGUUCACAACCCAUCCAGAACAUGUCCAUGACCCACUUUUGGGUCGGGACCCACCAGUUGAGAACCACUGGAUUAUACAAUGAUCGGCCCCUAUGAUUUGAUUUAAUUUAAAAAGAAAAAAAAAAAGGUAUAGAGACUAAUACUUUUUCAAACCAGGAUUUAAAGGCGCCUUUUCGCUGUUAAGUUGACCUGUUGACAUGGUUUUAACAGAGUCACCUUGGCUUUUUGCAAACAGCCUCAAGUGGACACGCAACAUACUGCACUUUUUGGCACAUCUGCAUUGGCUUCAUCUUUUUCACACUACAGGUUGCUGCUUGUUUGUGAGUAUAACAGGUCUUGUUUUUUGCUGCUCAUUUCAGGCUGCAGCAGCAGUGGUGACAGUGAAGGGGACGAACAGAUGGACAGCCUGUACCUGAAGUCUCUGGAGGGCUUCGUCACUGUGGUAACAUCAGACGGCGACAUGAUAUAUUUGUCCGAGAACAUCACCAAAUUCAUGGGGCUCACACAGGUAAACAACCAAUAUAGUACACCAGAGUCGCAACAAAGACACAUACAGACGGGUGCAACAAACAACAGAUUCAACAAACCAGAUUUUUAAAAAUAAGUGUUUAAAAUAAGUCAGUUAGAAUAAAACAGAACAAGACACAGUUCAUUUUUGACCCAAACAGAUCCUUUUUAUUAUUUGUGUGUACAAUCCAGAGAACCGAUCGUUUUUAAACCCACCUUUAAGUGACAUGAAGUUUCUUUAAGAUGGAAAAAGUUCUUUCCAAGAUGGUGACAGUAAAGAUUCCAAUCUCAAAAUAUUAAACACAAGUAAGUUAAACAACAUGAAAAACACAAAUCUGCCCUUAAAACAUAAGAACUUGAUCUUGUUAUAAAUCAGUAUUUGUCCAAUUACAGAUCGAUUCAACAAAUGAAACUGGUGUUGAUUUAAUCAUUAUUACUGAUAUGGUUCAUUUAUGCUUUUAGUGGGUAACUGUCAUUUCUAAUUAGUUAGAUUAUAUAAAUAAAAUUAAUCAUUCAGUGACAGUUUUUGGAGUGUUUUUUGUGCUUGCACCACAAGGCCUCACGCACUGUAACAUAACAUCAGCUUUCUUUGAUUGGGAGUCAAAUAUCACAAACAAUUGUACAAUAAAAAAAUUUGCAAGUGAAAAUGAGUGAUAGUCUUGUCAUAUAUUUUAUAGUUCAUAUAUUAAAAUGCAUUAGGGCUUGAUAGAGAUGCAGAUAUUUAUGUGAAAGAAAAUGGUGGUGUUACAGGCAGGACACUAAGUUCAACUUCAACCCUGCUCACCGUCUUUUAUCCUGUGACUCAAACUUGAAUAGGGAAAUCACAGAGGAGGUUAAUUUAACAGCAAAUCCUGUUUGUUUAUGACCUUCUGGUGUGAUAAGUAUCUGCCUGGUUUGUGUUGAGGGAAUAUAAAAACUCAGUUAUGUUUAUCCAAAGCAAAUUGCUGCUGAUCCUGCUGUGGUGUGUGAGCAACAAAACUUAUCAAAGAUCAAUGCAGAGUGUGUGGACCAGCUGCUGAGCAACUUUAAACAGAUGCAUGCUGUAAAAGGUUAUGAACAAAUGUUAAAAUACUGCAUCAUAUGUCAGUUAAUUUUGUUUGUAUUGAGUUGUUUUUUAUUUUCCAGGUUGAUCUUACGGGUCACAGCAUCUUUGACUUCACUCAUCCAUGUGACCACGAGGAGAUCAGAGAAAAUCUCAGCCUAAAGGCAGCUGGUAUGUAAAAACACACCCCCUGUUAACUUGAUUAAUCCACUCUCACUCUACCAACCUGGUGUCAAACUACUCCUGUUUAUCAGUUCCUCUGGAAACGUAAUAAGAGCAACGGUCAUGAGGUCAAUUAGUUGUAACCGGUCGGUCCCAUAAAAGAAUAAACAGGCUGAGCAAUCCACAUGGAAAUCCGCCCAUCAGACUGUGGAAUCUGUUUAGCGUGAGAGUUGCUCUGCAAUCGUGAAACACGCAAAUUGCCAAAUACAGAACAUGGGGAGGCAUGAAUGAGUCACAGAAGUAAAGAAAGAUCCUUGUUUAUAGAAACUUUGCAUGACCCAACACUCUUACAGAGAAAAUUAGAAUAUGAAAGUACAACCGGAGUUUGGAUUUAAAGAACAAAUUAAGAAUAUUUAUAUGAAUUAAUACCUUAAAGGAACUGUUCAGUGUUGUUUUUUAUUUUUGUUUUUUUUAUAAGUUGAGGUUGUAUUCGUGCUUGUCUGGGCUAAGUGUGUUAGCGACAGGGGAUCCCAAUCAGCUCAACCAGGACAAGAGCUGGGCUAUCGAUUAAAGGGCCUGCUAAUCAUGCAAUCCAGCAAAUUAACCAAACUCCAAUCAAAGCUCUGCUCUCUGUGUAUGUUCCCCCAGUUGGAAAAAUGUGACUGCUUCAUUUUAUGUUAAAUUGUGUGAAGUAGUCGUCCACAUUGGUAGACUAUCUUCCACUCUGGUUUACUGGCCAGUAUCUAAACAUUGCUGAACUGUCCCUUUAAAGGUACAGUGAGUAGAAAUGGUAUAUAAGGUCAUAUCUAGAUGAAAAUGCUCUUUUGCAAACUGCUUUUGUUAGUGAAGUAAUGGUGACUUUUGAGGACAAGAAGCUCCUGCAAUGCCUGAAAAGUUUGAUUUGACACAAUAUUGCCAUCAAAAAUCAAUUUCAGUUUACUCACUGCUCCUUUAAAAAAAGAGCACAAUAAUAAAUCAAGACAGUGAGGAAGACAACCUGUGGAUCCCCAAUCUAGAAGUUCACAUGAUGCAAAAUACAGUUAAGUCAAUUUGUAUACACUCCAAAAAUAUGUUUUCACUGAUCAGUUUUAAGAUUUGAACACUGGAUUUUUAUUGCACAGGACCCCUUUCAGCAGGUCAGAGCAAACAUCUGAACACACACUUAUGCAAUGCAUUUCAAAAACACCAAAAGCAAAUGUUACUCAUUAAGCUCACGUUGUGUAAUAACACAGGAGUACACAUGGAGUGCAUUUAAGUCCAAAAUAUGACUUGUAGUGAUGAUCAGUUUAUGUUCUGUUGCUGGACAUCAAAGAGACUUGAAUUGAGAACAGUUUCAUGCCAGUUAUGAUUUUAUUUUAUUUUUUUAAAGCUUUCAAGCCUAGAGAGAUUUCCCAGUUCAGCAGUCUGGUUUGGUUUGGUUUGGUACGGUAUAGUACAGUAGGCAAAUUUGCAUCCCACUGUCAGAAGUUAGGAAAGGUACUCAAAUAACCCAUGCCAUCCUGGACACAACUUCAGAAUAAACUCAUUGUGUGUAUAACAAAGGGAAUGUUAGAUCAAGCCUUUGCUUUGAAAAGCAUUCUAGGAGUACAAACAUUAUCAAUACAGAGCAUAUUUGGCCCUCAGCUAUGAUUUUUCAGUGUAUUUUGGGCUGAGAUACCAGAAGAAGUCUUGUCAACCCCUAAGACUUGGCUAUUUUGUGAACACCCACAUCUGAUAGUUUGGAAUUGAAGAUGUUGAUGAUGCAGUGCUAUAAGGAUGAUGAUGGUAUGUUUUUUUUUAUUCUGUGGUGAUAAAAAAAAAAAAAAAGUUAUAAAACACCUUGGGCACAUGCCUCUUGCACCGGGUGGAAACACUCAGCCAAUUUGGCUUGAAGCAGUUUUUUUUCUCAAAUACAUGUUCCUCCCUCCCUUCUUUCUAAAUCUUUGCCUGUGUUGCAUUUACUCUCAAACGUGUGUUGCUUUGGACCGAAGUGUUUGCUAAAUUAAUAUCAAAACCUUGUAGCACACUUUCUACAUACAAUGCAAGAGUAGGGUACUGUCUGCUCUGAAAUUCAAGCAAGAUCAGGGUAUCAAACUGUACUAACAUAUGUGUGGGAAACAUUUUAAAAGUGUUCACGUGUUGUCGGCAGUCGUGGUUUGGUGGAAAAGAGCAACAAGUCCUCCACUAUUCAGCAUUCUUCUGCUCCUGUAACACGGGAUUUAAUCUCAGGAAAAGAGGCAAAAACAACAUGUCUGGUGUUACAUAAUAUCAUCUAUCUCAUGAGCAAGUGUCCAGAACAAACAGGAGAACAGAAGGUCAGAGACCAUAUGGAGGGUAACCUAAAGAGAGAUACAGCAGAGAAAUACACAACAUAUAUAUGUGUGUGUGUGUGUGUGUGUGUGUGUGUGUGUGUGUGUGUGUGUGUGUGUGUGUGUGUGUGUGUAUGGGCCUACGUGUGCAGAGGGGAAGGCGUUGAUAAGGGCUGAAAGUGUGAGCUUGAGAAGACGAGGAAAGACAGUGAGAGAGACAAGCUUGCCACUAUCUGUUGUGGGUAGGGUACGUGGUAUGUUAUGUGGAGAGGAAAGUCACACAUACACAACCUCAACACGAAAACACUUCUAUAGACAGAAGCUCAAAAGUACACAAAUGCUGCACCAUGCCCUGCCUUAGCUUUGUGGCAAUUGUGGGCACUUGUUUCUCAAAGAUUAGUAAAUACGAGUGCGUCAGACUGCUCGUAGCAAAGUGAGUGUGUAACUGACUGGAACAAACAGACUUUAACACACGCACACACUGCAGUCACUAAGCUGUGGUUGCGUCCUCUUAUCAGCCACAAAACACACAAACGGAGAAACACUUGUUUUCAGCCCUUUUCCACAGACACACACACAAAGAGGUAGAAGUUCAUUUAUUUAUUAGUUUUGUAGAGGUGUGACCACACAGAGAUAAAGACACACUUGUGGGUAUGCAGGUCCACAAAAGUUACACUUCAGCACUUCACCAAGGAGCUGCAGCUUUAAGCCUCAACUUUGACCCUGUGAUGUAACAGCCUGGCCCAAUUUCACGUUCUCUCUCUCUCUCUCUCUCUCUCUCUCUCUCUCUCUCUCUCUCUCUCUCUCUCUCUCUCUCUCUCUCUCUCUCUCUCUCUCUCUCUCUCUCUCUCUCUCUCUCUCUCUCUCUCUCUCUCUCUCUCUCUCUCUCUCUCUCUCUCUCUCUCUCUCUUCUUUGUGGGUGUGAGAGAGACCUCUGCGAGUUUAAACCAUUGACCAUUUUUCCAGUCGUAUAAGGGAAAGGAGGGUCAAAGUCAUUACUUUGUGUCAUUGGUUGUUGUUUGUCAUUUUUGAUUUGAGUAGAGAGUCACAUGAAAAGUUAUGGACAGAAUCUUAUAUUUCCCACAAGCUGAAACAGCUGCACAUUUUUACUGCCCUCUUUAAAAGGACACAUUGCAUCAAAGUGAAACUUAAACAGGUCCAUAUAAAAGUACUGAACUUUAGAAGCUUUGGAUCAUAAAAGUAGAUCACCUGCACGGCUGUGUCAAGGGAUUUUUUCCCCUUUAUGAGUGAUCAUCCAUAACCCUGUUGUGCAUGGAUUUUACCACAAUGGUCAAAACAGCCAAAACUUUUUUGAGCCAUUUUAUUCAGAGGCACGUGUCCCGACCAACCAUUAACAGGCCCCAAGAGUGCUAUUUGUGGUUCAGUCUAAAUUUACUUGCAUGCAUACAAAGUUUGAGCCCAACUAAAAACAUGCAAAGUUCCAUUCGUCAAAGAUUAUUUAAUAAAUGAAACUGCAAAAAUUGAGACUUGUUUGCAAAUAAAUCAUCAGGAAACUCAUAUUAUAGAUUAGAUUGAUUCAGUUGUGACCUCUCCUGCAAGGUCAGAUGAAGUUGUUAGUUUUUGUCAUGUACAGUGAGAGUCACGCUGGUUCAAAUUGCAUCUGUAACUAUUUUGUGUUUCAGGCAGCAGCUUUGGUAAAAAAGGCAAAGAGCUGAGCACCGAACGAGAUUUCUUCAUGAGGAUGAAAUGCACAGUGACCAACAGAGGACGCACCGUCAACCUCAAAUCAGCCAGCUGGAAGGUGAGAAACACACCUUAAAAACCCUCACAUGCCGUGAGAGUAACACACCUCCUACAUUCUCACAUAAGACAUCACAUUACUGCCAACUUUGGCCUUUCAGAUCUUGUAAUGAAGACUUUUUCACAUUUCGUUUAUCAGAGAUGAACAUGGGAAGGUGUUGUGAACAGUAACAUGAAGUAAAAAAGUAGUAAGCCUUUCUCUAUUUCUUUUAAAAGAGAGGUUAUUAUGCUUUUCCACAUUCUUCCACUCACUGUAUCUGAGCCUACCGUUUGGGUCUGCCAGAGAUUCACAGCGAUUUUAAUGCAGAAAUACUCAGAAAUGCAACUUCAAACUCAUUUUUCUCAUGAUAUGUCCUGUAGAAUCAGAAAAAUGCCAUAUGAAUAUGUAGACAACAAGAAAAACAAGAUUUUUAUUAGAGUGGGUCUUUAUAUAUCUACUAUGGGUUCUUCUGUUAUUCUGUGAAGUCCUGGAGUGAAGCGGUAAUGUUAAAGAAUUGGAAAACACACUAGAGUUACAUUGAGGCACAAGCACCAAAGACACUAAUCACCCCAACAUGUGACACUAAGCCAAGACCCAUUUUUUUCCCCUCUAGGUGCUGCAUUGCACUGGACACCUGAAAAUGUACAACAGCUGCCCUCCACGAGGACUGUGUGGCUUCAAGGAACCUCCACUCACUUGCGCUGUCCUGAUGUGCGAACCAAUCCCACACCCGUCCAACAUCGACACACCGCUGGACAGCAAGACCUUCCUGAGCAGACACAGCAUGGACAUGAAGUUCACGUACUGUGACGAGAGGUAGGCUCACACACAGACAUGAGGUUUUGACAUUUUUGUAUGAACAACUGCAGCACAUUGGAUAUUUUCUCUCAUCCUACAUAUCCUGUGGUUUCUGAAAUACCUGUCUGAUACCAACAACCAUGCCAUAUUUAAAUCCCCUUUCUUCCUUAUUCCAAUGCUCGGUUAAAGCUUUAGCGAGUUGAUCAGGCCCACAUGCCUAAAUGCAUUGAGUUGCUGUCAUAUGAUUGGCUGAUUUACUAUUUGUCCAAACAAGCAAUUCAGCCGGUGAGUGUAUAUAUGGGGAAAAAGGCAUAGAUCAAAGCAAGUCAAAUAGUAAUGAGAAAAAACUCGCUGGAAUAGAGUUUCACAUUUACUCUGCCUUUAUUCCGACACAUCGCACCCAAAACAGCAUGACAUGGUGUCCCAGUGAGUGACUACACAUCACAUUCUGGUACUGUGAAAGAGCAGCUUGUUAUCACACAACAGGACUCUACAUGUACAUGCUGCGUUGUCCUGAUGCUGCACACUGCUGCCAUUUUCUCCUCAUCCACCUCAGUUACUACCUCCAAGGGAGACUCAGAGGUAGAAGAACUUAGCCCCUCCUUCAUGCUUCCACGUGUCUCAUAAUGCAAACAAGGGGUGUAAAUAUCCCACCUUAUAAAGGCAGUGUGUAAGCAUUUUAUAAAGCAACAAGGUACUUUUGCAUAAUGACAUAAUAAAAACAGGUUGACAGUUUUAUUGUUGUGCUCAUAACAGUUUUACCUCCAGGUUAAUCAUCUCGUGACCAAAAAAGCAAAUAUUCCAUUGUAUUUGUUUAUUUGCAGGGACCUUCAGAUAAAAGAGAAUCCCCUCAUUUUGAUCAACAUAAAUUAUUUUAAUCUGAAAAAAAAGUCAUUAACUUGUCACUGUGUGUAAAAGGUUUAAAAGGGUCAGUAAUGCAAAUUCAGAGGCCAAAGUUUGAUUUAUAUCUUUAAAGUCAUCUGAUUUUUUUGGAUGCACUCUUAUCUAGAAAUUAUUAGAUGAUAGAUAAGAUAGAAGUUAGAAGUCCCAAAGAAGUAGCGUUAAAACAACACCCAAAAAUGUCCAUAUUUAGAAGACUGAAAAUCAAAAAUAUGGUUAAAAAAAACCUCAGCCUAAAAAGGAUAAGUACACCUGCUGAGUUUUCACAGAACCAGAGGAGAAUUCAGCAAAGUUAAACAAGGCAGCAUCUUCAUGUCGUGGAACGCUGCCAGAUAAAACACAACUGAAGUACAGUGUGCCCCACACGCGCACACACACACACACUUACACACACUCGACUAUUUGACUGAUUAGAGUGUUGACUGAUUCUGUUUGACUUGGCGGGGGUGUCAGUGAGAAAUAAAGCCAUAGAUGAAACAUUAAUACUCUAAUAAGAGUCUCUCACGACACUAAGAGACUACGCCAACUGCUCUGGAUCACAAAUACCUCUGAAGACAAGCCUACAAAAACACAUUCCUCUGUCGUAAAGAUGUCACUUGGACUGAUGUCCGACAUCUUAUCAGUCAUGUUAGUGGGACAGCGUAGAGGGCCCUCCUGCUGUGUGAGCGUAAGUGACGUGUUUGUAGGAUUAACACAUGGGAGGAUUUUUCCUUUUGGGGUAAAUAAAGUGAAAAUGAAUCAGUUUGAGUCACUAUAACUCAUGAGCUCUCGUUAAAAGAGGUCCUGACUAACAUGCUCACACACACGCAUACACACAAACAAACACUGACCUGUGUUACACAAUCCCUCAUUCGCAUACGUGUUAUCUUAUCAAGCUGCUCAUGUAAGACAAAGAUUACUGCCAAAGUGACGUGAAUGUGCAUUUUUGUACACCUGCGCAGUCGUGCGUCACAAACUAGUUCAAAGUAGGGCAAACUUUCUGUUUCGCUUUUUUGGUGUGAUUUGGUAGGUGCAAAAAAUCUUCUCUCCAAUUACACAAAUGAGUUUGAGGUGGGUGGGUCGCUCUCCUGGCCCAGCGGGGACUUAGACUCAUUAGGGAAAGGACAAAAUGUUUCGUCUGCUCAUGUUGAACAGUGUAGAAAAAAGGAAAGUACAAAGACAGAGGGAUGGCAUAAGGAGUAGACAAGCCAGCGUCACCGCCAGAUUAUGUAACUUCUGAAAGUCCAGUCUGGAAGUGAGUCAUUUGAUAUUGAGUUUAUCUUAACACCAGAAACCUUUAAUUGUGCUUGAUAUUACAGUCCCUCAGCGCACACUUCAAAGACACUGAGGUGGUUGAAAUCAAUCCAGUAGGUAUGCUACUCCCCUCCUGUUGAAUCAGACACAAGGCGUUCCUUUGGCUACAGGCAUUUAUUUUAGCUCUAUUGUUUUCGAGCAUGCCAUGAGAACUAAAACAAUAUAAAAAUGUAAUCUGAGUUCGGUAAAACUCCAACACAAAAUAACCCUCUUAAACAAAUAAAUCUCACAAAACAUAACAUAUGAAAAAAUCCUUACUACAUAACUCAAAGUGACAUAAACAGAACAGAAAUCGGCCACAUGAAGUCGCACUGAUAACAAUAUAUCUCAAUAAGCAUGUUCCACACAUAACUUGUUGGCCGCGUCAACUUAAAAGGGAGAAAAAAAUGAUCUUAAGCCAUCUUUAGUUGUCUUACUGUCUUCACUUAACAGCGCUUCACCCUCCAUCUUCAAUGAAUAUAUCAUGUGAAACUGCUGUUCUCCUUCCUAGCAGGUGCUCUAAUCAGUGGGCAAACACUGGGUAUGUCACAACAAAAAACAACCUGGCUGUCCCUUAGCACUGCACAUCAGUUCCGCUUAAAGGUCCUUACACACAGAGUACAACGCAAAUAUACAACUCAAAAUUACGAAAUAUUCGGAGGUGAAUUUUGAUGCGUUUGACUAUACACAUCAAGCCCGAUGCGAUUUUGUGACUUUCUGGGGAAGGGGGGGGGACACAUCCCGGGUGGAAGCGAGAAGACUGACACAACAGCAGACUGACUGUUUUCAGUUCUGAUUAGACACUGUUCUUGAGAUGUCUGUCAGUCAUGAUAGCAUGUACUGAGUCGGGGCCAGUACCAGAUAAGCACAUUAAACUAUAAUCCAUAAACGUAAGGUAACAACCAAGACCUAAUGGUGCUGUGACAGCAACGUGAUUGAGUUGAGACAGUGAAAAUACAUACAAUAUGUUGUAUCUGAACAGGUUAGCUUACGAGCUAAAAUUACUUAGCACAGAUGAAAGUUAAAACAAAGACGUUUAGCAAACUGUUAAAGCACACAAACCAUUGUCGUAUGAGAAAUCCGACGCUAUAACUCUCCACAAGUUGUCCUUCAGGUCGUUAUCUUUGUAAUAUUUGUCUUUUAUAUCCAAAAGCACCCUGUUCUCCGACACGUAAACAAUCAGCCGGUCGGCCAUGUUGGAUAUACUGGUGAAUCUGACAUGGCAACAGCUCGAAAUCUGAUUGGUCAGAAGUGGACACACUAUGCAGGACAGGAAAACGUCGCUGAUGUGAACGCUUGUAUUGACAGGAUAUGGGUUCGGAAAAAAAAUAUUGACGUCCGAAAUAAUCAUGCGAAAAAACGCUCCAGGUGUGUAAGGACCUUAACUUGUCAAAUGCCCAUGUGAGUGAAACAAUAUUUGUCCAUUUAUUUAUUUAAACGACACAGGAUUUUAACCCAUUUUUAACUUGAUUUAUUUUAACUUAUUUAUUUCAACUUUUAACUCAUUUAUUAAACAAAACCAAAAACUUAUUAAGUCAGCUAGACUGUCUGUGAUGACAGCUACAGGGUAUGUGCGAACCCAAAACUAGUAUUAGUUGUUGAGCAGCUGGUAGGACUCUGCUUUUCUUGAAUGGAGCUCAGUCAAGAGGAGGAUAGAGUUUGGGCAGCCACACUUUCCAGAAAGUGUAUUAUGAUCAUUUUAAUUAAGUUAUAUCUGAAAAUUCAACUUUGACAAACUCAAAGCAGACAAAGGUUGGCGCCCCCCGGAGAUAUAUCGUGCCACUCUUGGGAGGCCUGGAUCCCAGGUUGGGAACUAGUGUCCUUGAGCCUCCUGACAGUUGAAUAUGCAUGCAGGAGAACAGGCUCUUGCUGCAAACUGAAUAAAUUCUUAUAGACGUAUACAAACAACAAAAGCAAUAAAACAGUCAAGGGUUUAUAAAUCUCAAUUAAUCUCUAAGACAAUAUCAGUCACAUACAGAACCACUUGAUGAGUAGCAAAUAGAUAUUAACAGAACUUAAUGAGCAAUAGAAGCUCCCUGUGCAAACACAGGUCAAAACCACUCUGAGGACAGUUUAGUUUGUGUGGAGUGUGGGAACAAAACAAUGUAUCUUACACCAGUGUACUUUUCUCCCCAAAACAUGUCAUCCUGCUUUCUUUUGUAAAAGGGAUAGGUAAAUAUCUUUUUCAAAAAGACAUGAAAAGCGAUGAUCAUUCUGCAGCAUGGAGUCACAGCACCUCCAGGUGCAAAAAAUAACAACAUAAAUCAUUCAUUUUAUGUCAAUAGUUUGUUUGUUUAAUUCUUCAAAUACAGUUAUCAGUGUUUAUUUUUUAAGUCUGGUUCAAAACCUGUUUUAAACUCCUCACAUGAACUUGAAUGAAAUAAAGUUUUCCUAUUUUUAUAGAGUAAAUAUUGUAACAAAAUAAACUGGACAGACUUGUAAUAGACCAGUUAAAACUCGAUAUCUUGUGUUCCUAGCCCACUCCCCUCCUCAGUUUUACCCCUUCUUCUUUGAACCUCAUUAAGUUUUCAUCUCUUUGCUUGAAGAUGUGCGUCUUACCCCGUCUCUUUUCUUUCAUUUUCUCUGCUCUCUCUCCCUCCCUCCCCUACGUGGCUGCAUCUGUGGGUGUUAUGUAAUCUGAGGACAAGAGUCUUUUCUGCACCAGCCGACCUAACUCUCUUCUCCUCCUCCUUUCCUCUUUUUUCCUCUGUCUCUUCAACAAAAAAGCCACUCAACAUUACAUCAUUCACAGACGUGUAAUCUACAUCCUACUGUGACUCCUUUACUUACCCUUUCUCUUCAUAGUUAACAUUAUUCCAACCAUGUCAGAUAUUGUAGUCUGGAAAUGUACAAUUAUGAACCUGUGACAGAUAUUCAGACAGCUAUCAGAGAUUUAGUACAUGAAAAUAUUGUCUCAUAACGGUAUAUCUUUGACAUCGCAUGUAGUGUCAAAGUAUAAUGUUGUGCAGACUUAUAUGAUAUUAUCAGUGUGUUCUUAUUGUGACAUGCCUUUCCUUGUAAGCUUAAAAAAUGAAGCUAGGAAAGGAGCAUCAAUUUUAAAAUAGGUUGAGAAUAAUGUUAAAAUCUCUUUUUUGCAUUAAAGACACAUUAUUACCUGGCUGUCUUACUAAUCACCCAACUGUGUUGAACUCUUGAUUCUGGUUGGUCAAAACCUCUUUACAAUGAUUAUUAACUGUGCAUAACAAGAGCAAAACUAGAGAUUAACAGAUCACACACGACAGCGAAAUCAACAAUAUCAAGUUUGACUAAAACUGUAACCACCAUUUGAUCCACAAUUAAUACGUUGAUAAAUCACAGCAAAAAGAAAAAAAGUGCCUGUAUCUCUUUGGAAAAUAUUGAGUGACAUAUCAGUUAUGUUUGUCUGCUAAUGUGGGAAAUAAACUGUAUUAUUGAUGCCAUUUAUUGUCAUCCAUCCUAAUUAUUAAUCAUAAUUUAGCCUCCAGGAUUAAAUAAGCAUGAUAGUUGUCACCUGCAGCAGUGAAUGAGCUCAUCUGUGUGAAGAUAAGCUAUUUCUAGAUCAUGGAAAUGGGUAAAACAGGAGCCAGUGGCCGGGUCGGGACCACAAACAAAACGAUUUACUGCAAUCAGACCAGAGACAACCACGUUUUUUCUCUUUAUUUUGCAAUAAAAGCGCACAUAUUACUGUCACUAUACUAGCAGGAGAUUCCAGCAGAUACUGUGUCAUGCUACAGCUGCUGCCAAGCUGCUGAGAAGCUCCUGAACACCUGAGCAGUCCUGCUGCUCCACGUCUGUCUCACGCUCCGUGGCAGGCUGACCCAGACUCGCUUCCCAUUUUAAAUACAUUUACAAAGUAAGUUGCCUCAAACUGCUCACAAAAAGUUAAUUUGUGGAGCCCUGACAUCCAAGUCAAGUGUCUUCACCACAAUGCGCGCCAAAGCACUACCGCUUUUGUCCAUAGUGGCCGCCAAAAUACACAGCAAAUGAAAACUCCUUCCAGCUGCUUUAACAGUAAAACAAGUGAAUCACUGCAUCUGUAGCACAUGUACACAUACAAGGAAUCAGACUGUGAUUGAACUUUGCUCACUGUGUACAAAUAUUAGACAUGAAAAUUGUCAUUCAAUUGUUCCAGCCUUUAUUCUUACAUUUGACAUCUAACUUCAAAACACAAGACUGUAAAAUGAUCGUGCAGCUGAGGGGAGUUAAAGGAUGCCGAAUGAUAAGUUUUGUAUGAAUGAUAGUUUUGUGAAAUAGCUUGAAGAUGUGAGAUGUGCUUCACUAAAUAUCAAAAUAAUCAAAAUAUUAAUCAAAAUAUUUUCAUUAUACUUUUAAUAAUGGCUGGAUAUAUAAUUAUAGUGACUUGUCACUCUGCCAAACUGGAAAGCAAUAUUAGUCCAAUGAGAUCCAGCCACCUUAAUUUACUGAAAGCAUGACAAAUCUGUCAGCAUUCAUGUCCCAGUUUACCCUCCGUGGUCUCCUUAUAACCACAAAGCCUCAUGUUCACGGGUCACUUCCUCUUGUUGGUUUGGAUAAUGUUCUCACAGCAAAGCCUUUUGGGAUUAAAAUCCCCAAUAAACCAAAUUAAGUAAUUUAACCUCGAGUACCAGUUUGGUGUCACUGUAGCCCGACACUUCAGUGAUUUAUCCUGUACGCUCAUCAUGUUAGUGGUAAAAGAUUCAGCAUCUAACCGCAUCUAAAUGCUUCUUGUGUGGUGUUCAUGUCAAAGUUAAUCCUGAACAAAUUUAUGAAGAUAUUCAAGGGAAAGAAAAGCUGGAAAGACAUGAAGGAGACAACCUGAAGCCAAAUACAAAAUCUUUAUUAAAAAAUGAACCCUCAAUGAGAGUGAAAGAAAGAGAGAUGAGCUGUUCCUAGAAAAACUGGGAGUUAUCAGAGACAGAUGAGAACAGUUCUUGUUCCUGGACGACUCUUCGCCUCUCUGCUUGACUUACAAAUCAUGUGUGAAGCCUUUUGAAGUGAAGAAGUUCAGGACAGAAAAGAAGAUUUGUCUGUCGUGAUUGCCUCAAGAGGGGAGUCACAGGGAAGUUUAAAAAAAAAGAGCACAUCAGAUCCUCCACAUUUUUUUUAAUAACCUGUGUGUACAUGUGUUUUCCAGGGUUACCGAGCUGAUGGGCUACACGCCUGAGGACCUGCUGGGGCGGUCAGUUUAUGACUUCUACCACGCCAUGGACUCAGACAGCGUCACCAAGAGCCAUCACAACUGUAAGCGAACACAAACUACAGAUACACAAGUUUGGGUUCUUUCAUGACACACAAGUUGAAAUAAGUAGAAUAAGUUGGCUUUUUCGCAAAUUUGGAGGCUCCUGUUGGUUUUCGUACAUGUCAGGGAGAGAGAAUGACAAAAGCCCCUUUAAGAUGGUUGCACCGGGAAACCUUUAAACUCUCGACGCCGGCCCUUUAAGGCUUUAGUGAAGUUGAAAACAAAAACUAACAACGAAAGCACUUACAUGUAUGUUUGUGUGUGGUCAGAGCUAAAUUACAAUUUUAUACGAAAGAAAGUAUACAAGAAAUACCCUAAUUUUCUCUUUGUUUUCAAAUAGGCUUUUGCAGUUAAGUCCUAAAGAAUGGAAAAUAUUGUCUUUUUUAUCGGCUCAAAAUCUAAAAAAAUAUAAAAGCAAGCAGGAAUCAAUGAACAAUCUUGUUUAAAAAAAAAAUAAACACAGGAAAAAAAUUCAUGCUUUUUUUCUCCCUGGUAUUGCUUAUUAUAACUAGACUUCAAGUAAAUGUGUCUGUUUACCUGUGUGUGUCUGUGCAAGUGUCUGUGUUUCUAUCCAUGCACAGAGCAGGGUCAUGGGAUUAAGAAGAUUGUAUUACGUCGGGCUCAGCCACUGAUGGUCUGAUCAGGUUUGCGCGCCUCAAACACAGGGGACAAGAGACCAGGUGGCCUCUAUUACUGUCUAAUGAUAGUGUGUGUGGGUGUGUGUGUGCGUGCGUGUGUGUGUGUGUGUGUGUGUGUGUGUUUGUGUGCAAACAGGGCCCUGGAGUGUUGUGGCUCAUUUGAAGCUCUGUGCAGUAGAGUCAGUUCAAAAGCAAAAAUGGUAUUUCAGCUACUUAAAACCAUCCCUGCAACAAAUUAGCACCAUGCAUCUGUGUUUACACCGUGUGUGUGUGAGUCUAUACGUGUGAACAGGUCCGUUACAAUAGCGUAGCUCCUUUUGUUCUUUAAACAGCCAGAAUAUAUUUGAAUCACUCCAUGUGUAUGUAAGGAGAUCAUCAUUAUCUGCAAAGUAACUUAUUUGAAGAAUCAAAUUAAUAUGAAUAUGUUUUUAUUGUUAAAUAUUGUUAUAAACGGUAACGCUUAACUUGACGCCUAUCUCUAUAACACAUUAUACGUAUAUUUAUAUUACAUUAUAAUCAAGCUAUAGCACUGUAUAACUAUAGUUAUAAACACUCAUAAAUGAUCAUAAUGCUUUAUAGCAAUAAUCAUAACACAUUAUAAAGUAUUUAAUCAUGACUUACAAGGUCAGGUAUUAUAAUGUGUUAUAACUGUUAACAACUCACUGACAAUGCCCACAUAGAUAAUGCAUUUUACAUUUAUUUAUGAUGUGUUCUUUUUUUUAUUUUGAUUUGAUCAUUUUAUUUAAGUGUCAUACACCAAAAUUGGUGCCCAGCCCACAUGGGCUUAUUAGACACUGAUCAACAGGUUCAUAACACAAUGUAUCCAAGACAGCCACGCAACAUAAUAUACAACAACAAUAACAACGAAACUCCACUUAGAAUCGUGACACAUACAAUGAGAAUAAUGAAAGAAAAACAAAAGAAGUUCAUCCUACAGGAUGCAAAAUACUUUGUAUAUAUACUGCAUGCACACCACUUCGUUUUCAAAAGCCAACCAGAAUCUUGCACAGCAGCUACAACAACAACAACUUCACUUCCUUCUUUCCUGCGCACGAUCUGCCGUCGGCUACUUAAAUCUUUGUUUUUCUCUGUUUGCAUGAAAACGUGCUAACAGAGUUUUCCAAAAUCUCCAUUGUGGCUGAAGUUUUUAAAGAGCAUUAUUUUCAGGGGUAAAUUCUCUGUUUGUGUCUGAACGAAGGGUGCAAAUGAUGGUUAAUGUCUCUGUUUUUAAAAAUAACCGGGUACAUAUAAACGGGGCCUAAGUGUGCACCCCAGAUACGGGUUUUCGCAUGUCUCUCCCUGUUGUCCUGUCUCUCCUUGUUUCCUGAUUUGUAUGUUUGUUUUUUGUUUCUUUUCUAAAUAAGGGCUAAAAGCCCCCAAAUAGUUCUUUAAAACAUGACCAAAAUGUGUUUAUAGCCAUCACUUUUAAGGAUCAGCUACUCCAUUGCACUUUCGCUGCGGUCUGUUGAAAAUAUUUUGUAGAGUAUCACUCAUAGCAAGUAACCUAAUCUUUAUUACCAGUGCUCUUUGAGGCUACAAAAUAUCACAUAAAGACAGGUAGUGAAAUGGAAUCUUCACAUUGUCUUUUCUCUGACUUACAAACAGACACCAUCUGGUGACCCACAACCAUAAAGACAAAAAAAUGUAAAUAGUAAAAUCAAAUAGAGGUAGAAGCCUGCAGUUAACAGAUUAGGCUUAAGUUAAAACUGGACCUGUACUGUGAUCAGAUCGUCACCAAACACUGACUCCAGCGAUUUGAUCCCAGAUUCUUUUUCUUCUAAAAGUCACAUUUUCAUCCUGCUCCACAGCUAUAAUCCAGUCAAAUCCAGCAAUAAAGUUGCUAUACUGUCUUUAAUCUUAAUAUUUAGCAUUAAUGUUUCCAGUCCCCACUUGGUUAAAAAUAUUUGUGAAAGAGCAACAUCCAUCCAUCUCUAUAUGUCAACAGGCUCUCACGAGCAACAUGUUGAUCAGCACAUACUAACAAGGCCCUGUUACAUAUAAUAUUGCACUGAACCUUCUCCACACAUACACACACACACACACACACACACACACACACACACACACACACACACACACACGCACACACACACACGCUGUCACUGGCCUUAUGUACACUCUCUGACCACAGUCCUGUUUCUUUCCCACGCCAGAGCUGAACUUUGGACCGGAGCCAGAACAUCUCCAUCCCAGCUCAAAAGUCAAACAUCCCAGUUUCCUCUCAAUGUUUGGUUAAAUUCAAAGCAUGACACAUAAUAAAUAAAUAAAGACUUUACAGUUUAUUAGGGAAUUACACAUUAAAAUGGCAUCAAAAAGUUAAAUAAACCACUUAAAUACUCUCUCUCAAUCCUAUGAGACUCUUGAGCCAUGAAGAAGUGAGAUGACAAUUUUUAUCUGCAGCAGUGAAUCUUAAUUUGAUCAUGAGCAGGUGGUGUUUUUUUCAGUACUUUACACAACAGCUUUAAACACACUUCUUCCUCUUCCUAUCUCUGUCUCUCUUGCAGUGUGCACCAAGGGUCAGGCAGUGAGUAGUCAGUACCGUAUGCUGGCUAAGAACGGAGGCUACGUCUGGGUGGAAACACAGGGAACUGUUAUUUACAACAGCCGCAACUCUCAGCCACAGUGCAUCGUGUGUGUAAACUAUGUCCUCAGGUAAGUGUUGAGCUUUUGCUUUGAACAGGUGAAGGUGGAAGGAUCUGUGUCAAAAUCAGGAUGAAUUCAGUCCAAAGGUGUCAGUCUUUUUAGACGAAGACAGUUGAGCACAUAAAGUUUAGUUUCCACCUAAAUUACUUGGAACCUUUAGUCUUAGAAAUCCCUGUCAAGAGAGUAGAGGGACUUUUAAGCUUGUUGCUGUCCAUGGGCACCCAAAAACAACCCUGAAUCAAGCAGAAGUUGUCCCCUGAAUAAAAAGUGGUUGUCAUGUCUACCCUUAACUUUGCAGUGUCACACAACCUCAUUUCCAGCUUUAUAUGGUCCUCUGCUUAAAUGCCUAAUAGGACCUAAAAUUAUCUCCAUCUGGGUUGUUUUCUUCUGUAACUACCAUGACGUGAUGAAACUGAUUUAGUUCCUUUUAAAAAUGCAGUUCAAAAUAAUCUAAGCAGUCAACAAAUCGAGAAUAUUCAGCCACGCAGACUCCAACCCUAAAGCACUUGUACUUUAGAAAAACCUUAAAGGUUCCUGCCAUCAAACCAUAGCAUUAAAAAACUAUUUCUCAAUAAAACUGGCCCUGAUUCAUCCACACCAAUACAACCUUGUAGGCUUCUUGUAAAUGGGAACCUAUUAAGCCAACCCACAUAAAUAGGGUUAAAAGUUCCAGUUCUGUCUUUCUUUUGUUGGUGGUCUUGCAGUCAAGAGUCCACAUGAAACACUCACCAACAUAAACAACAUAAAACACUCACUCACUUCACUCUCCUUCUCCACACCUGUAGCGACAUUGAGGAGAAGACCAUGAUUUUCUCCUUGGAGCAGACUGAGUCCAUGUUCAAGCCCCACCACAUGAGCAGCUUCUUCUCGGCUGGAGGAGCAGGUAUGAACACAGAGCCUGGAGACGCCCUCUUCACCAAACUCAAAGAGGAGCCGGAGGACCUCGCCCAGCUGGCUCCGACACCUGGGGACACAAUCAUCGCUCUCGACUUCUGUCAGUAUUGACUUGUUUUGCCAUAUAAAUGCAUCCACUAAGCUGUGCUAAUUUGUAUGAUUUUGCAUGCUGAAGAAAAACAUCCAAGUGCACUAUUGUAUUGAAAACACAGCUACCAAUCAGACGAAACACAUUUAUCUGUAGAUACUGCUACUUUACUGAGUCUUUUAGCCAGCUAAAGUCAUUUUUAUGUUGGUUAUACUGGCAGUUAAUUAUGUAAAUGAAAUAUCAGAGACACUAUUCAUUUAGGAUUUUCUGUUCCCAAAAAAAACACAUUUUUAAGCAUAUAUAAAAUCACAUCUGCUUUCUCUGAUUUUGUUUGGCGUCUCUGGUUUAAAGGUGGCACCCAGUUCGAGGAGCCCAAACAGCCAGCAGGAUACGUCCCGCUGUCAGCUACAGCCAUGCCUCAUCCAGGACCCCCAUCCUGGGCCAGCGAGAGCCAUCAGCCUUCCCGUCCUGUGUCACGCCAAACCCCUGCUCCAGUUCAAAGAGACAUGGCGAACAUGGCCAGCACCUUCACUGUGCAGCAGAAUCCCCCACCAGGCAGCGCUACUCCCAGCCUCAGCAGCUGCUCCACGGUGAGGACGUGAAAUGACUGAACUGAAUUUAAAUGUGUAAUUAGUGUGUGAGUAACUGGCUGUGUUUUGUUUCUGUUCUUUCUGGGUUCAGUCUAGCCCUGGUGGUGGGGGUGGGGGGGUUAAUGCCCUCUAACUGUGUGUGUGAGAAUAACGGGGGUGGAUAUUUGGAGGGACACAGAGUGAAUAAGGCCUUUGUCAAAACUCAUUUCUCUCUGUUUGUUUCCAUCUCUCUCUCCUCUUACACUUUCUCUUUCUCCAACAUUUGGUCCCUCUCUGCUCUUUUUUUUUACCAUCUGUCCUCUCUCUGUUUCCCUCUUGCAGCCCAGCAGCCCAGGUGAUUACUACAGCUCAGUUGACGGUGACCUAAAGGUAGAGCUGACGGAAAAGCUGUUUGCACUUGACACUGAGUGCAAUGGCAGUCCUGCAAACACUGAGGUGUGUGUCCUUUCCUUCAAGAUAUGAAUAUCUUAAACAUCUUCCUCUGAGAUAUCAGUGCUUUUAUUUGAUAUAUGUUGGAAAAACUUCAAACUUUCUUUGUCUGCUUGGGAAAACACAUUAUUUUUCCUGUUCCAAACUAUUUUAGACUGUGGUGAUUGAACUAAAACAGAUGUAAUUGUAAUGUCGAGUUUUACUCAGUUUCAACUUCCAUAUUAUCUUUUCUUUCUCCAGAGGGACUUGAGUGACCUAGAUCUGGAGACUUUGGCUCCAUACAUCCCAAUGGACGGUGAAGACUUCCAGCUGAAUCCUAUCAUCCCAGAGUCAGAGCCCCUGGAUGGUUGUCCUUCAGGAUCCAUGGGGAGCAACAGCAACCUGACCCAAACACACCAGGGCACCCAGCAGAGCUUCAGCAGCAUUGCCAGCCUCUUCCAGCCCUUGUCCUCCUCUCCUCAGGCCCAAGGCCACUACCAGCACCAGACUGGUGCAUCCUGGGCCACAGAGGAGAAGAGAGGCCCCAGUCAGGGGACUAUCAACACUCGUGUGGGGUCAUACAUGAUGGGGCGCGUAAAGCAGCCUCCAUACCAGGCUCCAGCUACCACCCCUCUGUCUUCUAUGGGAGGCAGGCAGAACCUGCAGUGGCCACCUGAUCCUCUGUUAACAUACCACCAACAACAAACAAGAGCAAACAAGCCCUACUUGAUGGAGUCUCUAUCAGGAGAGGAGCGACUGUCCUGCCAUCAGAACGUACCACACAUGAUGCAGAAACAGAGGUGCUGUAACAAAGUUUGAAUCCUACAACCUUAAUCAAUAAAUAAACAAUGUCAAUAACGUGGACGGACGCGUUUUCACUGCACUAAUGCUUCUGUGUUUAUGUGCAGGUCCAUUGACAAUUUUGUACAAGCCUACAAAGAGAUAAAUCCAGCCAGAUUGGCCAUGGCCAACAGUUUCAAGCGCUCCUUCAAUCAGAUGUCUGUGGUAAGUAUUGAUGCGAGAAACAUCAAACAACAUCAGUUAUGCUUCAGUGGCAUCAGUUCUCAUCUCAUUGGUUUUAGGAUUGAUUUAUAGUCCCAGUUUAGUACCAGUUAUUCCACUUUCCCCCCCAUGUCCUAACUCUCCUAAGCUGCAAUCAAAUAAAGGCAAAAAAGCCAAAAAUAAUCUUCAAUAAGUAGAGAAGUUCCACUAUCUUAAACUUCAAUUACAUAACACAUUGAAAUUGCUCAAAUAGUUUAGAGAUAACAAAUAUAUUUCUAAAGGAGGGUGUGUUGGAUUUUGUCAUAGUCUGCUUGUUCUAUCUGUCCUCAACAAAAGCAUCCUACCCUCAAAAAAAUAAAACUUAGCACACAAACUAUCGUCAUAUGAGAAAUCCGACGCUAUAACUCUCCACAAGUUACCCUUCAGGUCAUUAUCUUUGUAAUGUUUGUGUUUUUUAUCAAAAUGCACUCUGUUCUUUGAUACGUAAACAAUCAGCCGGUCGGCCAUAUUGGAUAUACCGGUGAAUCAGACGUCGCAACAACACAAAAUCUGAUUGGUCAGAAGUGGACACACAGUAUGUGAAACUUUAGAAAAUUCUACCAUGAUCCGAAAAAAAAAAUGCUGCAAUGUCACAGGAUGGGAAAACGUCACUGAUGUGAAUGCUUGUUCGGGUUCGAAAAGAAUAUUGACGUCCAAAGUAAUGGCACAAAAAAAAGGUCCCAGUAUGAAAGGACCUUAAACCUCCAAACCACCUGUUUUUUGGAAAAGCCCCACCCCACUCCCCCCUCCCAAAAUUUAAAGCAUUGUCUAUAAUAGAAUAAAGUCACAGAAAAAAAGUGAGCUCCCCUAAAGGCUUCGUAUCCUUUCUGCAGUCAAUAUCCACAUGAGUGCUAAACAACAGAGCUGGUGUCUUUUUUGGGAGUGCAACUUAUAAAGAAGUCUUGUGUUUGUCUGUGUGUCAGGGUGAAAAUAAAUCAUCAAACAUCGCCUGGAAGAAGAUGAGGGGUGAGAGUUUUGCACCCAUGGAUCGCUCCCUCAGUGCUGGAUCACUGACAGGUAAGAGGUCCAACUUUAUGUUGUGUCUGAAACAUGUCUGACACUAUCAUCUCUCCCACCCAACAACUGAUUCUUAAAGUUUUCUGUUUUAGAUUCAAGCAUGGGGAGGAUGAUAGACAGCGGUAUGUCUUCAUGUCUGCAGCAACACAGGAAGUCUCAGUACCCUGGGACUGGGAUAGGUGGUGCAAAUGAGAAACAGUUUACCCAGAAGAGCUGCAAAUUCUCACAAUAUAGCAUGCUGCCUUCGAAUAAGACUGGAGGUGAGCUGUCAUUGCCUUUCCAAGGGUCACUGUGUGUACACUUUUAAGACUGGUAUCAUAUUUCAUUUCAAUAAUAAUAAAAAAGUGUUCAAAUAUAAGUUUUUAGUUGUCCAAUGUGUAUUUCAUUUAAAAUUGAUAUGAAACAAAGUUCUGGAGAGGAAACUACUUCAAACUUCUGCCAAUAUGAGUCAUGAUGAAGUUACAACUAUCCCUCAGUGUUGAAUCCUUCACUCACAGAUUAUUGUUUAAUUUUCUUCUUUUUUCUGCCUCUGUCAUUUCCCAGGUGUUGCCAGUCUUUUGCUCGGCCCUUCCUUUGAGCCCGCCUGCCUGCCAGAGUUGACCCGUUAUGACUGCGAGGUUAACGUCCCUCUGCAGGGCAACCUACACCUCCUCCAGGGCUGUGACCUGCUGAGAGCUCUGGACCAGGCCACCUAGAGUCCCCCGACCUAAAACCUGUCUGCAGCCCCUGACUUAAGCCUUUCUUUACAUUAAUACCUCUGGGCCCCCUGAGCACCGUGAGGCUAAGCUACCUAUAGGGAAUGGUAUUUAUGACCACAUCCUGCCUUAUUUAGCUUAUUUGGCUCAGCCCCACAAUCUAUUCCCUGUUUCUUUAUAGCUUUGUACAUAGACCACAUUUUCAAGUUGUCAUAUCAGGGUUAAGCCACUUACACCCCUCAUUAUCUAAUGUUUGGACACAAAUCAGAGGCAGGUUGAGUGUACACUCAUUUCUUUGUAUUGAGCCACACUGAAGACACCUCUAUUGAAACAAUGAUUGCCCAACAUCAAAGACCAUUAACUGCACAGGAUGUUGUAACACUCAGUCUGCCCUGUGUUUGAAGCUGAAUUGAAUUGUUUGGUGUAAAAGGAGUAUCACUGCAAUGACACAUUCAGACACAUGACCUGCCUUAAAAAAUAAGCUCUGCCAAAACAUAUGUAGCCAUCCACCUGGACUGGCCAGAGCAGGACUACUGUUAAACCAUGUCCUAUCCCAGGACUAGUCGCUGCCACAAACAUUAACUUCACCCUGAUAUCUUCUCUAUGCAGCUCAUUCUUUAGCCCAACAAACCUCCCUAUCAGGAGGAACUAUUAUACUACCUACAUAUUAACAACAGCACUGUAAUUUACUUUUGCCACCAGCAUUAAGACCCCGCCCAUCUUAGUUCCUGUCGAAGCCUUGAGAAACAGUUGGGUAUCAUUACCAAUAAUCUUUCCUUUAGUUUAAAUUGUGUAAACAAUUGUAUGAAAGUGGAUUAGGGCCGCAAGGAGAGAAAAAAAUAAUGACAGGAGGGAGAUUUUUUAAAUUUCUUUUUUCGAGGUAAAAGUCGAAAUUUAAAAAAAAAAAAUUAUUUCAAAAUUUCGACAUUACUCACAACAUUUUGACAUCUUGUAAUCUCUAAAUUUCAACUUUUAUUUCCUUUCUGUAUUUAUUGUUUUUCUCUUCAUGUGGCCCUAAUCCUUGUUCGUACACUGGGGCUAUUUCAGGUAACAAUAUAAAACAAAUUCUCUAUGCUCAGUGUAACACAAAUAGCAGUAACUUAAUUAAGCCAGGUUGACCUUGCAACCUCUUGUUUCAGUCUCAUCUCCUAAAACAGAUAAGCUAGUGUAGCAUGCUGAGAAAAAAAGUCAUCUGUACAUUUAGAAAAAGAGAUUGUUCUUUGAUUUGUAUUACAGAGUUGGAUGUUUCUCCCCUCUUUUUACUUAUAUUCAAGGUGAAUUUAAUUUAAGUAAAACAGCUUGAAGAAAAGGAGAAUUGGAGGCAGUUAGCUCACAAUAAAAUGAUACCCAACUCUGCUCAAAUGCAGAUUCUUCACCAAAUCCAUCCCACUUAAGUCAGUCUGGGUCAACAUUAAUGCCAUAUGCAUUAUAUUGUUUUGAUCAGUUAUUAUGAGUAGUUUUUUUUAUUUUUAUUUUCUGUCAUUGAACUGAAAUAUUUUAGCCUUUUACCAUAGAUCCCCUCAUAUUAUUUAAUCCAAGCUGACAGGAUACUUUACCUUGUCAAAACUGCUUUUAUUCCUCCUUGUUUAUGUUGUUUGUAUGUUUAUACUCCACCUUCCAGGUUAUUAUUUUCUGUGUCCAACUCACAGACACACUAAUAAAUAUAUAUUGCAAUACAUAUACUCUACUGUAAGUAAUACGUUUUCCUUCCUCUGUGUUUCUAUCAUCUUUUCUUAAAUCUGUCAGUCAGGUAAAUAGCUUGUGUGUCUACAGGGUCUUUUCUUAUAUUGUGCAAUUGUUUUUAUUGAGCUUAAGCUUUUAUAGUCAGCAGCAAAGGUAGCUGUAUUCACCAAACUCAUUGCUUGUACAUAGAAUUUACUUGCACACACUACAAGAGUUUAUGUGAUUACACAUUGUAGGCUUUCUUCCACUUCUCACUCGAUAGUAACGCAGUGGUGUGCACAAACCAUCCUAGGGCCAGGGGUGAGAGUGGCAGGAGGCACCCCUCCUUAAAGCAAGUUUCAUUGUUAGGAUUUGAAUCGAUUUGAUGGAACUUUAUUGAUCCCUUUGGGAAGGUUCCCUCAAGGAAAUUAAAAGUUAAUGUUAAUCCUUUAAUAUUGAUUUCAGAUUGCUCCAUUUUUGCACUCUUUUUGAGGAUGGAAUAGUCACAGUUUGAAUAAGUUUAGGGACCAAAACAACCCAGUUAUGGGGAGGAAAGAGCUUGAGGUCUGGCUCAUGUGCAGAUGCUACGAAAUUAAGUGAUGUUAUUUAAAUUGUUGGUCAUAUUGCAAAUCAAACAUGAGUGUUGGCAUUGACUUCAGGCUUAGAGCCCUCCAAACCAGAGUUUAUGGCUUACAUCAAUCCUUUUUUUUUUUUCUAAACUCAAUAAAUAAAAAAAAUGUACAUAUAACUUUAUGAAUAUGAACUGAGUUGUAACCAGUGUCUGGAUUGAUUUGUGAUUUGCAAAGUCAGUAACAUGCCCCUCCAGACCACAUGGGGGCACUGAGAUUAACAGAUUUAAAGGGCAUUUUGGCCAAUCACAGGCGCUUUUUAGAUGUGCAAUAGGAGUCCUAUCAAAGUGCAACUAGAAUAGUUGUUUGCUUUGAGCUCUCAACAGAACCAAAGAAAAGAGUGGACAUUAAGCAGUUGCAGUGACCCUUAAUGGCCUUAAUUUUGUGAUAUUGGAGCAAAAUGAAACAUAAAAUGGCAUGUUUCAAAAGACACUCAGCUUUCUGAACCAGAAUUGCAAUGAUGGUAACUCCCCCCGCUCACUGUGUUUUGCACAGCACUGCAGAAACUUCAUAGUAAACCUCGUAUGAGUGAUUGGCUCAUUCAUUCAGAUGUACAUAGCAGCAGCAGCAGUAGCUUUAGUUUCAGUGCAGCACAGCAGUCUGUGAAGUGACUUGAAUGCGAUCGUAUGUAUUAUUUUCAGGAUUAGGACAAGGCCAGUUUUUCUUAUAAUUAGACAUACAGCGGCUGCCAAUAUUAAAGCAUUGAUGAGAAUAUUAUUAGUCAAAUCAAGACACAAUGGAGUCAGAGAGUAAGACCAGACAUUUGUCCAACUAGAAAGUAUAUUUUCACCCAAAUGAUGUCAGUUAUAUAACCAACAGUGUGUCUUUAGUACAAAAACAUAUUCUUAUUGUUUCCUGCUUUCUCACCUGUUCUGUGCUCAAAGAGUAUGUCCUGUUCUCACUCUUUUUUUAGGUUUUUGUCAUUGUGUGGUAACCACUUUUCGUUAUCAAUUAUAGCGCUUUGUACACAUAUGAGUUACAUAUUUAAACAAAAGAAAAAACUAAAGUUUCAAAUAAUGUUUUGAGUGUUGAUGUGUUCUGGUACUUUGUCCUUAUCUAUCCCCCUUAUAGAUGCAAAUAGAUCAGAUCCCUCACUGUGCUGUUUCCUCUUGUGCUGUUUUCUGUGUUGUGGCGUUUUACUUUCAGUAUAUUUUUCCAUAAAGAGUUUUCUCCUUAUUUUCCUAUCCCUAAGAUGUCUAUAGGGUCUGAUUGAUGGGCAGUACUGUUUUUAUUAUUGCUUUAAGGAGAUAAAACAAACAGAAAAUAAGAAAUAAAAAGUUGAGAUUAAAGAUGAAUAUCAGUUUUCUAAGUUUCACAUGUCAGAUAUGUAGCAUUUUGUUGAAGAAGGUGGAGUUGCCACACAAUUAAUCACAUAGUUUUCCAGUUGCCUAUAUAAAAGCGAUGGUGCUUUGUUGACCAUGUAUGAGUCUUUUUGUAGAGCUUUUAUUGCAUGUCUUGGAUUCACUAACACUAUAUUUUGAUACUGUCUGCUGUAUGUUGUGCUGAAAUUAUCUUUAAAGUUUAUUUCAAUCCAUACAAUGUGCCUUAUCAUGACAUUAUGGUUGUUUCAUCUUGGCCAUAUUAACCCUUCAAGUGCACAGCUAGUGACUUGUAAACCUGUAGAUGACCUCCUACAACUCUGGGGCUAUUAUUGAAUAAAAUCCUUAUUUGAUAUUGUAUUUCAUCUGAUUAAAAUAUAAAUUUGUCCAAUUUUAUUGUUGAAAAGAUAUGAUGAAGCAUCUGCUUUGUUUUCAUCUCAAAACCUGAACUACUUCUACCAGCAGGGGGACUUCCAGAGGCAGGGGCCCCUCGAGAAAUCUGAGUGGCCAUGCCUGAUACUAUCCGUCCCAAACUGAGGUGGAAUAUAUUUGACUUUUGUAGAAGUUCUGGUUCCUUCCUUUAACACUUGAAGAAGUACAGGAGAACCAAGAAGCCACUGUGUGAUAAUAUUUUAAGUGGUAAUACCCAUCAAUUAUAAAAACGAUAAAAUCAUCUUUUUUGUUUGCAUGUGUCAAUGUCAAUGAGCAGGAUGGGACACCCCAGUAAAAAUUUCUGGACACACCCCUGUCUACAAGCUAGCAGAGCCUGAUAAACAUGCAGAAGUGAUGUUUUUAUAUCAUUGUAUAGCUUAAUUGGAUAAAUAUUUGGCCAUUAAGAAAAAUACAAUAAAAAACCUGGGAAUACAGUGUCAUAGUUGGGAUGAUUUUUGUGAUAACCCCUCAAGAGUUAUAGUCCACAGCUCCCUCAUAGCCUCCUCUGAUGCAUUCAUAUAGAUCUUCUCAUUGUAGUAAAAGCUGCUGUAGUUUCCCUGGUGAUGCCGAGUCAAACUUUAUUCAAAGGUCUUGAAGGAAAUGGAUUCCCCAGCUCAUCAAACGACCUGACAGUCUGUUUGUAGAUGAAGCUGUUUGUUGGGGGGUUUUUUCGGUGAAGCUGAAAAAUAUUUGACUGUACUGUAAAAGUUAUUCUGGGAGGGUCACUAUUCAGAGGGGCACUAUUGUUUUCUAUAAAUUAGAUGCCUUGCUUGCCUGUUGUGCUCAAAUUAAGAUCACUUGACUUUUAAGUUAAAAAAAAAUGUGUCUCAAGUUUGUUUAGGAAUACAUUUGUGGCUGUUCAGGUGUCAUCAUGAUUUUGAGUCAUACUGAAGGUGAUAGGAGAAGCUUUAAGAACACAGUAGAUUACCCUUAACCUGCAAGGCUGUGGGCAGUGGAAUAGAUCUGAAGACAAGGCAGAAAUGAAGUCAAUUGAGUGACACAUAAAGAGAGAUUAAUCCUGCUCAGCCUGCCCACUGACGCAAAUCUCUUAACUUCACUCAGCAAAGCUCUCAUAUGUUUCUGCUCUCACUGGGGUCAUCGUAAGUGUUAAAGACUUUAUAACAUUAGGUGUUACACUGAUAAAUUAUAGGAUUAAAGUUUUAGAAAGAAAGCUUAAAGCAUGUUCAAAACCUUCUUGUUACUCAAAACCAUCAGAUUUAUUUCAGAUUGACACAGUAUUCCUGAGACAGUCCACCUCUUAGUUACGUUGGACAGCAGAUGGGUUAUAGGACUGUGAAAGCGUUUUAAAAUAUGAUCAUGACAGACACAAAGCACAUCAGAGGGAGUUUUUAGCAAAUGCUGAGAUUUAACUAAAUUGUGUUAAUGUAUGUGUUAAGAGUGGGCUAGUUGGAAGUUGAUUUAAAUAUACAAAAUAUGACAGAGAGGAAGUCCCGCCCUGAUUUUAAGCAAAGCUGCCGUUCUUGUUGUUCACCAAGAUGGUUAAAAAGUAAUAAAUGUUUUUAAGCAUUGGAAUUCAUAUUUAAGUUAUUGUUGGUAACAACAGUAAAAAUGCUGAAAAUUAGAAAAUGUGCAUAUUCAAGGACAGAUAUUUGUUAAUUGUGGGGGAAAAAAAUUGUGGCAGUGAAGUGGUUUUAAAAAGGGGCGUGGCUUCUCCUCUCUAGCUGUAGAAGGCCAAUCACCAGUCCUUUGUGUAAAACUUGCUGUGCUACUUGAAGGGUAACCGCCCAAAACAGAAAGUGUUAAAACUUGUCAGGAUUUCUCUCAUUGCACUUCCUUUUUUUUAAAGACAAUGUCAGCAUUUUGUCUGGAGUCUUUUGUAACAACAGGGUUUUUUUCUUUUUUCCUGGGAUCUAUGGUCAGCUACGUGUCUCUGUUUUUGUCUAUGCCAUACCGUACAGUUAUCAGCUGAUUCUGCUUUUUUAUUUGCUUAGAAACCAUAAUGCUUUUGUUCUAAUUAUCAUAUAUUGAUAUCAUUGUUAUUACUAUAUGGGGACUUUAACCCAUUAAGAAGUUUGUGUCUCUGCACUGAUAUCUUAUUAAUAAAGCAUACUGAUCUUA